AUGGGCAGCCAGGACAUCUCGCCCCUCCGGGAGACCAGCAAGGACCCAUUCUCCGGGGACUGCAGCUGUCGCCAGGAUGGUCUGACUGUGAUCAUCACCGCCUGCCUAACGUUUGCUACAGGAGUCACGGUGGCCUUAAUCAUGCAGAUCUACUUUGGAGACCCACAGGUAAGAAGAGGUAUUUGACUGUUUUUCUCUUGAUAGGGAAGCUUGCAUUGAAGUAGGAAGAACCUGCCUUUCACGAAUAAUGGUAGCUUCUAAUUUUGCUUGCUACAGUUAAUCAUGAUGUAUUCUUGCAUGCAGCAGCGGGAUUCAAAGUGCUGUUUUGGGAACUGCCACACUUCUCUUACUGUGCCAGUUCGAGAUCAACUACAAAUUGCAUAACUACUUGCUUAUAAUAGUGAGUGUAAUAGUUACUAUAGUUACCAGCAGCGUUCAAUGUUGCGAACUUACCAUGAGCAUGAAGCACUUUGAAUGCACCAUUUGUCAAAGGGUGAGCCGCACAUCGGAACCUCACUUUCCCAGUGCGGGUUCCUCUCUGUCAUGCGCUGCUCUAAGCAUGUAAGGGCUUAUCUGCACUUACCUUUUGCCAUGCUCUUGCUAGGCACAGGUCUGUGCUUUAAAGCUCUGUGUACAAGUGUUCUCCCCAUCCCAGAGCUUUCCCCAUGAAAACCCACCCUGCAAAGCUGAAGCACGACAAGCAGCUUUUUCGCGGAUUGCCAUUUGCUCCAGUUCAGCUGUAAAGAGUGUGUUUUCAUGGGGAAAGCUCUGGGGCAAGAAAAGAAAAGAAACCCAGACACAGAGCUUUAAAGUGUGGACCAUGCCUGGAAAGCAUAAAGGAAAGUCAAGUGUGAAUAAGCCCUAAAUGUAACCGGGCACAUUCUACGCAAGAUGGAUGGGUCCCACUGCAACACUAUUGUUCCUGCUCCUGCAGAGGCAACAUCUAAUGCUUUUGUACUAGAGCUGAAACGUUUUCACCUGUAUUUUUAUCCCAUCUUUAUGACUGACCCAAGAAAAGCUAGAGAGCUUCAUGGAUAAACAGGGAGCUGAACUAGUACCAGAGGAAGUUGCGUUAUACCAGGUCAGACAAUUUGUCCAUCUAGGCCAGUGACUGGCAGGAAGUCUCCAAGGUCCCUGGUGGAGAUCUUUCAUGUUCUUUACCACCUGAUCCUUUCUUCUGGAGACCCUAGGGACUGAAUCUGGACCUUCUGCAUUCAACUAAUGUGUUCUAUCACUGAGCUAUGGUUUCUUUUAUCAUAGUCUAACAUCCAUUGCACCACACUGGCUCUCUUUCCUCACUGAAGCCUUGUGGCUCAAAACAUGCAUUCAAUUCAAAAGAGAACCUCUUUCGCUUCCUGUAUCUCAGUUAAUAUUCGAGGUGCUUCCAGACAGGUGGUUAUUGUGGGAUCCGUGCUGCAUCAGAGUGCCAUUCCCUAUUUUUCUCUCUCCAUUUAAUCUGGAUUUACCUUUCUUGUGGAAAAACUGACAAGCUUCCCCUCCCCCCCCAAAAAAUGUUGCCAGUGACUUGUUUAUGAUAUGACCUGAAUGACCUAUCUGCUACAUACAGCCUCUAUCUGAAUGAUUCCUCAGUAAUGAUUCAUGACAAAAGCAGUCAACAGCAUUACCUGUGAAAACAAUCUAAAGUCCUAAGUAAGUUGCUCUCUUUGGGCAUUAAAGCAGGUACAAAAACCUGUGGCCCUCCAGCAGUGCUUUUUUUCUGGGGGGGACACAUGCCCCUAAACAUUUUGUGAAUCUAAGUUUGGCCUCUUUGAGGCGCAGUAUUUCAAUAUGAGUAGGAAAAUGAGAGUACCCCUAAACAUUUUUUAGAAAGAAAAAAAAAGCACUGCCCUCCAACUGUUGGAGGACCACAACGGCCAUCAUUUCUGAUCAUUGGCCAUGUUGGCUUGGGUUGAUGGGAAUUGGUGUCCAGCUACGUCUGGAGGGUCCCAUCCUUUCUUUAACAUAAACACAUGAUGGAGGCUGGACCUUUCUGGACCUACCUAGUCCACAGCACAUGAAGCUUUUGUCGCAUAAUGUGACUUCCCACAGAUAUUCCAUCAAGGUGCCGUAGUCACUGAUGCUGCUCGCUGCACAGCACUGGGGAUCGAGGUUUUGAACAAGCAAGGCUCUUCCGUGGAUGCAGCCAUCACUUCAGCCUUAUGCUCAGGAAUCAUCAACCCUCACACGGCCGGCAUUGGUGGGUAGGUGUUCGCCACGAUCUCCUUUGCUUAUCAUUUUUCAUCCUGUUGUGUCACCCUGGGAAGCCUCCAGGCCCUCAUCAGAAAAGAGAGUUCUGUUGUCAUUGCUGGGCAAACUCCUACGACUGUUGGAGAAGCGACCUUUGCAAAUGCUCCACGGUGAUAUCGGUCUUGUUGUUCUCACAUGGGCCUUAUUUGGCUGAGGUGGUGGUGCGGAAGUCCAUGCUGGUUUUAAGAUUUGCAUGUGGCAAAUUCAGGCUCAUGUGGCAGCCUGAAAGUUGAAUGAAACCUUCCGCAAGUUUUGACUGGCUCUUUUUCUUUGGAUUGUGGAGGAAAAAAGUUGUGUAAAUGUGCCCUACUGAACCAAUAACUGUACGCUAAUGAUAUUGUGCCAUAUAAACUGUUCUAAUGAAUGAUAAUUAAUGCAAACUUCAAGAGCUGGUUCACACAUCGCCGUCUUAAAUGAGGAAAUGUGUGACAUCGUGCCCACAGUUAUUUAUAUUGUCCUCUGGGAAAAGAGAACACGAUUCCUUCUUCCAAUGGCCGGUGAAAGGCAAUGGCAGCUGCCAGUUCCUUUCACUAUUUGCUUUCUACUGCAGAAGAAAAUGUGUGCUGGGAGUGACCUCUGGCCACUCUAUGCCACUGGUGGGAAACUUCAGGUCUGAGGACCAAAUGUGGCCCCCAAGUCACUCUAUCUGGCCCUCAGAAAUCUUGCCACACCACAAACCCUCCCCUGCUCUGCACCUUCCUUGAGUGUCUUUGCCUGGCUUGAAUGGUUCCUUGAAUGUUGACAGUGCCUUUGCUUGUCUGGAUGAAGGAGAGAGAGGAAUGUCUGAAUUUGUACAUAAACUAGUUAACUGUACAAAGGUAAAGUGCACACCUGUUGCUCUGCUCAGUUUUGCCUUUGAUUCUUCUUAUCAUUUACAUGUGGCUCCUAGAAGGUUGCCCAGAAGGGAAUGUGGCUGCUUGGCUGGAAAAGAUUACUCAUUCCUGCUCUAUACUGAAAGGAGGCAACCUAUUCUUUGCUUCUGUCAGUGAGGCUGAUCUUAGGUACGCCUUUGUAAAAAGAGUGUGUGGAUCAACCCAUUGUUCUAACAGAUCGUAGGGCAGAGGCUUCCUACGUAUGUUGAGUUUAGGAUAGGGUCACCUGGGAAAAUGGCCUGGGAUGAUAAUAUAUUAAAUAAUCUCCACUGUCGGGUUUUUAUUGGUACUUCCUGGUAUUCUAAGCUGUGCAGAUCAGAGACAGGUUUCUGUGAAUCUGAAGGUGGCUUUGGAGGUCAGUUGGGUAUAGCGCCAUAGAAGGACUGCCAUGCAUCUUCCUCCAAAAGACAAGCAUGUGUCCGUCUGGAACAUGAUACAGUUUGCUCAUCCCUGCUAUUUAUUUAAGCCAGGGGAGAUUCUGCACUCCAGAGGCCAGAUUCAACUGCAAAUUUCAUCAACCUUUACCUCCUCAACACCUGGCCCUCUGCCCAUAGCUGUGGCCUCCUUUCAGCCAUCAGAAUAUUUGUUUUAAAGAGGUUUUAUGCAAGAGAGAUUUCAAGUGUUUUGAUAGCCAGAACACCAGGAAGUUCUUGAGCAUAUUACAUAAACAGAGACACUCAAUAACAGCCCAUCAGAUGGAAUUUGAGAAAACCUUUGUUGAAACUGGAAACCCUAGUUUGCCACCCAAGCUGCUUAAUCAAAACAUAUGUUCAGGAGUAAGACAAAAAACAAAAGCAAAAAAGAACAGCAACCAAAAUUAUCACAACGGUAAGGCUAGUUGAAGGUUAAGUACUGGCUGAUUUAAUGCAUAGAGUUGCUCUGUUUUAAAUAGGGAUUAAAGUAUCAGGUGAACACCAACAGUUUAAGUAGAGAAGUGCUUGUUAGGCAUGUUUCCCAGUUACAGUACUCUGAUGAAAGCUUGACCUGUAUAACAACAUUCAGAGGGGUAACAGAGUUAGUCUAUUAAAGCAAUUGCAAGGAAGAGGGUCUUAAAGACUAAGCUCAUCCACAGUCCCAUUUGCCAUUCAUUCCGAUUCGGCAGUAAAGCAUGGAUUUUCCAUUUUAUUUCUAUGCCACUUUUCGUUCAAGAGACCCCCCCAAGACAGCUUGCAGAGCAGUCCCCUAUAGGAAGGUGUAAAAGAACAGGUGUUGAAAUUUGGCUCUUGUUGAUGGUCUGGAAAUAAGUGUCUCUGAACUGUAAUUGCUGCCCUCUGGCUAUAGUAUACAGGCCAACUCUGGUGAUUCCUCAACAAGGGAAGUGCACUUCCUAUUCGCAGAAACACUUGUUUCAUCCGAUUCCAGGUGGCCCAAAGAUUUCAAAAGGUCCUUAAAUUUCAGGGUCCAGUAUCAAGAAACAGCUUUUAAAAUUAAUGACAGGGAUAAGUCACUUCCCAGGUCUACAGCUGACACAAAGCGGGCUGCAAUGAGCACACAACAAAUAGUUGUCUACUUGAGUUGACAACGCCCAGGCACAAAGUUAGCAUUUUGUUUUGGUGACUGGGUGUGGAGAUGGAUGUCCGCAUCAUUGAUUUAUGCCUUGGUUAUACAACUAGUGACGACACAAAUAUGUACUUCUGGAGGAAGGGAACUGGAUGGUUCAGAAGGGCAAAGUUCUUUGGUUACAAUUCUAUGCUGGCAUCACACCUGGUUUUGUGAUGGACUUGUUGAUGAACACAAAGCCCCUAAGGCCAAGGCACUGAUUUACACCACCAGCUGCACAGAGAGGAAGGGCUUUCUCAGUAGGAAGAGACUGGGAAAGCUGAUAACAUUGUCCUGCACCUAUUAAAGGUACAGAACCUCUAAAAAAGCAGCAAUGCUUCUUUCUAUAUCAUGUUGUGGUUGAAUGAAUGGGUUGCAUUCGCGGCUAGUCCUACUCAGAGUAGACCCACUGAAAUUAAUGAACAUGACUAACUUAGGUCUAUUAAUUUAAAUGGGUUUACUGAGUAAAACUUGUUGGCUACAACCCAAUGAUUCUAUCCUUUGCCAGGCUUAUACCAACAGGUCUCAGCAAACAAGAUAUCUGAAUUCUUUCGCACAAGCAUAAAAGACAAUCUUUUUGUACCUCUCUCUGCAAAACUGCCUAAUGCGACUUGUGCAGUUGCAUUCAAAACAGCCUCUCCAUGGUUCUGUUUAAAAAUAUUGAUCUAAGUUUCCCCACACCUAAUUGUUGGCUUCCUCACCACUUACCUGUGUAAUAAGUCCUUGAUUUUUUUUGUCACUAAUACCCAUUAGAAAGGAUUAACAAACAGAUUAAGAGGGGUGUUGCUAGAGGGUAGCCAGGGGACUGAACCCCAGAUCUUUUGUGCUGGGACCCAGAUCUCUCUCCACCCCACCCCCCGUCUCUUCCCCAAUUUUAAUGAAAACUGCUUUAAAAGAUGCUUGCUUUGCAGUGGGGAAGUUCCAUUGCACUGCUUAAAGGCUUUACACUAGCAGAACUAUUUAGCUGGACACAGUGCAGUUGCUUAGUGUAAUGAUGGAACAGUUGUUUGUUUGUACCCUGCCCAUCUGACUGGGUUGCUCCAGCCACUGUGGGCAGCUUCCAACAGAAUGCAAAAAAUACAAGAAAACAUCAGAUAUUAAAAACUUCCUGAUACAGGGCUGUCUUCAGAUGUCUCCAGAAAGUCAUGUAGUUGUUUAACUCUUUGACAUCUGAUGGGGUGCACCACUGCCAAGAAGGCCCUCUGCCUGGCUCCCUGUAGCUUCACUUCUCACAAUUAGGGAACCUCCAGAAGGCUCUCAGAGCUGGACUUCAGUGUCUGGGCUGAACGAUGGGGGUGCAGACGCUCCUGCAGGUAUACUGGGCCAAGGCUUAAAAUUGUGCUUACUUUAAGAUGCUGUAGCAAUGGUUUGUACUGGAACACAGCCUAGGAAGAAGUCAUUCCAUAGUUGCUGAAGCAAUUUUCAAUGUGUGUUUCACUGGUAUUACUCUGUUGUUGCAGCGGAGGAGUAAUGCUGGUCCAUGACAUCAGGAAGAACGAGAGCCGGGUGAUUGAUUUCCGAGAGACGGCCCCUUUCAGCAUCCAAGAAGAGAGCCUUAGGAAGGCUUGGGAAACAAAGGUGCGAGAGAGCCUUUGUUGUAUGGGGGGGUAGUUGGUUGGUAACUGUCUCAGUUUCUUCUCCCUUAACUUACCUGUUCUGGUAUCUUCCACCCCACUUUCCUCUUCCAGAGCCCAUUAGGGCUUGCAACUGUUAAAAAACUUUCAUCUCCUCAAUACAUUGCUCUUCUUGCUUUCCAUCUGGAGAUUUAUUUAUGUUAUUUAUUUAAGAGAGAUUCGGCUUCAAUAGUGCAAUUGGCAUUUUUGGUUUUCUUUUUACGCUUCCCUUUGUUCCUCCUUUUAUCCAGCCAGGUCUUCUGGUUGGUGUUCCAGGCAUGAUCAAAGGACUUCAUGAAGCACAUCAGUCUUAUGGGAGGUAUGAACAUUUUCUCUGCUCAGGCAUUCUGUUGUUCAGCUCCAGUUGGAGGACUGAUGCAUGCAUGUAAUAAUGGUGUGCUAUUUAUUGUUAUAUUUAUAUCCUGCCUUUCCUGUAAAGGAACUCAAGGGCUACAAUCACACGGCAAUUUAUUCCGUUUUCAAAGACAGCUCACCUGCAACACAUGCAGCAAUCUUUAGCUGUUAUAUAGCUAUCUGCCAGCUGCCAUGUCAUGCAUGUUUCUGUGUUUGCCAGACUGCCAUGGAGACAGUUGUUGGGCCUUGCUGCAGAUGUGGCCCAGGAUGGAUUCAAUGUCACACAUGAUUUAGGUGAGUGCAUUUAUGGAACAAAAUGUGCAAAGCGAGGUUGUAUGUACACGUUGUCUCACAUGAUUUGAUCUUAGAAAAUGCAAAAUUCCUCAGACUUUGCAGGCUGAGACUACAGGGCCAAACCUGCAUACAUUCCCCCCUCUUUUUCUUUUUUUAAAGUGCCAUUGAAAAAUAUGAAUGUUCGUUCUCAGCUAUGAUGUUCAGAACUGGAAUGUACUAGGUGUUCCUCCUUCCACCUUUUUCUACGUCAUCUUUUCUUAGGGUGCUUCCAGGUUAUCUGUUUAAUGAACAUUAAUCUUGAUUUGUUUGCUGGGAGAUUUGAUGACUUUGGCUGUUGAAAGUGUAUUCAUUCCGACUAUGGGAAGGCUAGACAAUAUUGUGUCCAAGCAAGUGUCACUCCACACUUUCCAGUGCCCUUUCCCUCAUUGCAAAAGGCUGAUUUUUUUGUGGAAGCAGGAUUAUUGCCCAACACCUCACAGUCAACCAUAAUUGUACAACCUGAGAAUUUGCCAGGAUGUGAUUGAAUCCCGCCUGAAAAUAUCAACUGUGUGGAAGUGCCCCAAAGAAUCUUGUUCUCAAUUCUUUCCCUCCCUGGUUCCUUGUGUAGUGACCUCAGCUUUCCAGAUGUGCAAUUUAGGGUGCCAUGUGAUGCCAGUGUGUGAUUGAAUCCAAACCCCAAAUAGCCAGUCUGGAAGCAUCCUUGACAACCACUAGUGUGGAGUAAUGUCACACAACUGGACUGAAAGGCUGCUACAGGAAAGUUCUAGCAUUACAUUUCUCCCCAUAAAGCUCCACCUCACUGAAGUAGUUUUCAGGUGCUUUUAUAUGGGGGCUUUAAGAAACAAAAUGGCUGAAGACAUGAUUUGCUUGUGCCAGUCUGGUUCUCAAAAAUGUCUGGGCAGUACCUGGUCCAUGAUUUGCUUUCCUGAUCCAAUGGUAGCAAAAUCUGAUGGGGAAUGUUUGCUUACAGUCAUCUAGGACCAGGGAAAAGCCCUUAUUUCUAAAUGUAUUUAUGAACCAUACUGUAAUGAGUAUGAGUUACUCGUGCGUAAACUGGUGCCUCUCUAGGCUAAUUUGCCUUGUUAAACCUUUCUGACUGCACAGCCCUUUCUGAUCAUGACUGUCUCAGUCACUAGCAGAAUCCGUCAGUGGGCGUUUCUUGAAUCUCUUCCAACAUAAGAGUUGUUUGACACCCAAUCUUCUCCGCCUCUCACUGCGCGGGAGCCUUCUGCGCAGGGUGGGCGUGGGUAGCGGGGGACCUGUCCCCUCCUCACUGAGUUCCAGUGAAGAGUCCGUGAGCCCUCUCUCCGAUUUUCCCAUCUGCUCACUUUUGUUCCUGGUGUUGCGCUUAAAUGCUUCCCCCUCCACUGAGUCGCCUCUCCCCCUGCUGCUGGGUCCUUCUCCAGCAUCAUCCAGGAGCCUCCCCUUCACCUCCCGCUCUGAUGUCAGUUCCCUGACACAUACCAUAGUAGCCUGCAAUAUAGGAUACAGCAGACACCCUCAUAUACUUAAAAUCUCUCACUCUCACACACAUAUUUCCAUUCUCUUUCUCACUCAUGCAUGUGCACAAAUAUAUAUGUUUAAACUCUUUUCAGCCUAUUCAUUUCUCAUUUAAAGUAAUAUAAUCAUAAAGCAAAAUGAUGAAUCCCAAACACUGCCACCACACAAAAUGCAGCUAAACAGAAGGCAGCAUAGAGCAACAUACAGUACUAUUACCUUUAAAAGAUGAUGUUUUUUCCUGUAAAAAUCAUGGCAAAAAGUGGGGGUCAUCUUAUACAUGGGUAGUGCAUAGGGUGGACGUUUGAUUGGUUGCUGCCACGGCUGUCAGCAGCUAUUGUGUGUUGUGCGUGUUAUUUGUUGCUGCGUCAAUGGCUGCUGUUGAUUGGCUGACACUCCGGCAGUUGGGUGGGCAAUGGGACAGACGAGAGUCGGAUUUUGCAAUGUGUGUUGGUGAGCGAUUUUUGGCAACCCCCCCUAAAAGAAGCUUAACAACCCUGGGUUGUCUCAACAACUCUGUGCCAUCUCCCCCCAUUUUCUUAAAUUUGAGUCCCCAAAAAUAGGGGGUGUCUUAUACAUGGGGUAUGUUAUAGACAGAAAAGUACAGUAGUUCAGCUGGUCAAUUAUCAGUCAAGACCUGGCAAAAAGAACAGUCUUAACACCUGGCACAUAAAUGCUGGCAAAGUAGGUGAUUAGGGGGUAGAUGUGCAGAAGCCGUUCAGCAAAUGAGGUACCACCACCACCAAGGUUUUUACCUCUGAAGAAGGGCCUUAUUUGCUGAAGACCUUAAUCAUGGGCAUGUUCAACACAUGCAGGCUAUAGAUCCUUUCUGUGUGGGCAGUCUUCCUAGACCUUUCCCCCAAAAACGUUGAUCUGAGCAUCUUUUGCAGUAAUUUCCACUCACCCUUCUGUUGUCUCUCUCACUCUUGUAGCAACGGCUAUAAAAGAAAUGAAGGAAGAGCAAAACUACUCAGAUAAAUUCAGAGAGACCUUCCUUCCAGAUGGCCAGCCCUUGUUGCCUGGCAUGUUUGUGAGAAGACCAGACCUGGCUGCUCUUCUCGACUUGCUGGGGUCGGCAGGGGUCUCAGCUUUCUACAGCGGAAAUGUAACACAAGAGAUUAUUUCAGAGGUGAGUCAACCCGAUUCUUUUCUCUGUGUGGAUUGUUAUGUGCAUUUGAUGCCAGAGAGGCAUUGAUACCAGAUUGAUUUGUUCUCAUUACAGAAUGUCCUAGAAAGUAGUGGGGGCUGGACUAUUUGGGUGAAUAGGGUGCUGUCCCACUAAUCUCAGCCAGUCUCUGCCUGCCUGCCUGCCUAUUUACUUACAAGAGGUGACACUGGCUGCCAGCUUAGUCUCAGUGACACACUAACCCAUUUGUAGUACAGAAAUACAGUGGUACCUCGGGUUACAGACGCUUCAGGUUACAGACUCCGCUAACCCAGAAAUAGUACCUCAAGUUAAGAACUUUGCUUCAGGAUGAGAACAAAAAUUGUGUGGCGGCAGUGGGAGGCCCCAUUAGCUAAAGUGGGACCUCAGGUUAAGAACAGUUUCAGGUUAAGAACGGACCUCCGAAACUAAUUAAGUUCUUAACCCGAGGUACCACUGUAUACUUUUUCUAAGUCCAGAAUUGUUCACGCUCGUCCUCAACAUGCUGCUUUCAGUCCAUGAAUAUCCACAAAAUAUAAUUAAAAACAUCAGUAGAUACUAGCUGGUUAUAAAGAUUGAAAGAAAAGAGAGUGAGGUGGACAAAAGGUAUCGUUUGGUAUGAGGCAAUAUACCUUGUGUUCCUGAAGUGCCCCUGCAAAGGAUGUGAACAGGGAGGGAUACCUAAAAAGGUGAAUCCCAAAACUACUUAACGAGAUCUGAACAUAUUCAGUAGGCAUAGAAGGCUGGCUGACUUGGACUCGGGUUAUAAAGAAAAUGGGGAGGAGGGGCAAUGGAAUGGAGUACCCUGUAACAGGACACAGAACAGGAGUACUUCACAGUGCAGGUCCCACUUAUGAACACCAAAGGCAUAAAUACUGCAUUUAGAUGAUGCAACAUGAUUUCAACUUUUCAGGUCCCCUCAGCCUGUUUUUUUAAUAAUCAUGACGGAAAAAAGUGCAUUGCAUCUCUCUCUCUCUCUCUCUCUCUCUCUCUCUCUCUCUCUCUCUCUCUCACACACACACACACACACACACACACACCACCCCUCAUAAGGUUUUUUAACCAGCAUUUCUGAAAACUCUAAGCAGCACUAAACAUAGAGAGCGGCUUUUUGGAAGGUUGCCAAAUCCCAGGGGAAAUCUCCCCCUCCCCUCUCUCUUCUUUGUUUCCUGGGAAGGCGAAGGGACAUUGCAAGAGAGAGAGAGAUUCAGAUAUCUACAUUUAACUAAUCUGCCCUAAUCCCCGCUUUACUACCUCUGUCCUUUUCGAAAUGUAUAAAAUGGCUGCCAUAGAAUAAAGAAACGCUAGGGAUCAAAUGCUUGUAAGAACACAAGGAACUGAGAUGAGGCAAUGUGUCAUAAAGAACCUGGCAUUGAAACCAAGCGGUGGGCAUUCGAGUCAAAGACAUGCAGGUGGCACUGCACUAGGGUAAAUAGUGUGGGAACGCUUGAUCCCAUAGCAUUAUUGAAGCAAAAGGCUGAAAUGGAUACGAUUGUGGAGAGAUUCUGAUUUUGUUCUGGUUAGGGGCAACAGAAUAUUUAGCCCCUUCCCCCAUGCACAGUUUUUCAGCUCUAAAUCCCCAGCCCCCAAGCUAUUAGCUUUGCAGACACAAAAGCAAAAUGCAGGGAUGGUACCAAACAACACAGGAUUCAAGUAUCAUUUUGGAUUUUAAAAGCCAAACACAUUGAUAUUGACAAUGUUUUAACUAUCCUGAAAAUGAAGCAUAUUCAUGGUAGUCCACAGAAUAUGUCCUAGAGAGUCUGAUGUAAGUAAGGAAAUGCAAGAAGAUUUGAUUCUUAUUCAAGUUUAAAUGAAUUGAAAAUGGUGGGCUUCAAACUGUGUUCUGGCCAGGAUUCCUUGUAAGCUUCAUGAGGAUUACAGAUUAGUAAUGGUGACAUCCAAAUUUCCUAGGGAAAAACAGUCACAGCUUAUCUUCCCUUGCAGUGGGGAGUGCUGGUUGUAUUCUAAGGUCCAACAUGCAGGGCUAACUAGUGUGUGCACUGUUGAUUUUUGUUUUGGUGAAAGAAUAGAAUACUUGGGGUAAUAAAAAUGAGAAUUCCCUGGAUGCCUAGUUGCAGGUUUGGGCAAGUACUCUUUGGUGUGAAAGCCCCAGCAGAGAUUUAAAAUCUCAAAAUAUGCAGCAAAGUAAAGCAUGGAAAUAUAGGCUGUUAUGUGGGGAUGAGUUCCAUAGCUAAGCCUGGCAGGACAGCUUACUCUAUGGUCUUAACCCCUUCAUGCACUGAUUAUAAUCAAAUAAAGCAUGUUGGUUAUAUGAGACUGAUUAUCCCACACAUAGACUGUAGAUUAGACCCCAGAAUCAUCUGCAAAGUCAGUGUUCUUCAACAAAUAGGUUGGUGUGGAAAGAGUUCGUUGAACAUAGAGACUUUGAAAACCACUGAUCUAGAAUAAAAAUUGGGGCCAGGACCAGGAGUCAGCAUUGUUGGGAAUCUUCUGAGACCCACAUCUCUAUAGAAGCCCACAGAUGACUUCUGGAGCUUCACAGUCCAUUCUGUUUCUCCUCCUUGCCCUGUUGCUGCCCAUGGUCCUGCCUUCUUCAAGCAUGCAAGCAGUAACAAGAAGAGAGAGUAUCUUCUUCCACUUGCUUUGCAUUCCCUCUGGUUGUGCAGGUUGGGGUCAGAGGGAAAAGGCAAGCGAAUUUGUGACAGUGGCAGUGAAAUUGGUGGAAAGGUUGGCCCUCUCAGAGAGGGGAGACAGAGGGUAUCUUGCUCAUGACCCUCCCCAAACCGGGAACCAUCAAUAGCUGCAAUUCUUUAGGCAGCUGAACAACGCUUAAAUGUCCAUUUCAAAUAUUGCUAGCAUAAUGCAUGAAAAUACAUUGCUGUGAUCCUUUUCUGCCUAGGUCCUUAACUUUGGAGGCACCUUGUCUGAAGAAGACUUCAGUAACUACACUGUCUUGGUGGAAAAUCCAGUCCACACAGUAUAUCAAGGUAAAAUGGUACAUCUAUGACACCUAGGUUGGCAUCUUUUAUGUCAUGUGAUUAAUUCCCAGUGUCCCCCCCAAUUUUAAGUUUAUAAAAAAUAGGUUUAGGAAGCAGAUACAUUUUUCUGCACUUUAUUGCUAAUUAGUAUCCUGCUUGGAAUACAGGGUAAAAGGAGGAGGCCCUAAUGAAACCCACAAGCCCAAUCCCUGAUUCCCCCAAGUUUAAUCAAAAUGUAUACCCCUCCUGCCGCUGCCGCCUCCCAUAGUCCUCAAAAAACAGUAGCUAAUGAAACCCUCACAAAAGGAAACAAGGCUUGACUUCACCUGUGCUGCUGUAAUGCAAAUACUAAUUGUGUUGCUAAGUCAAGCCUUCUAAACAUCUGGCAUAGAUUGGGGUGUUUUUGUUUUAUAACUAAUUUUUCUUCUGCCCAACUUUCUGGUAGAAAUUAAGACCUGUGAAACACCAUGAAUUGUAAAUAAGUAAUCCCUGGUGAAUAUCUCACUUUCCCCUGCCUCAUACCCUUGUAUAUUCAAUCUGGCUUUUCUACAUCCCACAGGACUAGAAUAGCAUGAAAGUCUCUAGCACAGAGCUGACCAAGAUGGUACCCUCUCUGGACGUUUCUGGAAUCCAGCUUCCAUCAUCCCUGGUCAUUAUGGAUUCCUUUAUCAUUGUGUUUAUUUUAGGAUUGCAACCCAGACAGUUUUUUUAACCUGUUUGUCCUGCUUUUGAAUGAAGAAGGUCAUGUUGCAGAUCCAGACAGUGUUUCAUCUGAAGCCCCAAUCCAUAGCUGUCAACGUUUUCCUUUUUUUUAAGGGAAAUUCCCUUAUUCCGAAUAGGAUUCCUUGCAAGAAAAGGGAAAAGUUGACAGCUAUGCCCCAAUCCCGGUCCAUCGCACAAGCAGCUUUUCAAACACUUGUUUCAAAACAGUUUUCCACACAUCAGAUGCUGUCACGCUGCAAUCUGGGAAAAUGAAGUCCAAAGUUGCAAUCUUAGGGAACCCAGUGAGGCUUAUUUCUGAGUAGACAUGUAGAUGUUGCACAUGAAGUGCCCUUUGGCUUCAUAGAACUGUCAUUUCAAUGGAUUCUGGACAAAAGGUGGAAAUACCUACCUUUCUUCUUCCUUUACUGUAACAGGCCACCUUGUUCUCAGUCCAUCACCUCCACACGUAGGUCCUGCCCUGAUCACAGCUCUGAACAUCCUUGAGGGUUUCAAUAUCACCAGUCAGGUAGCCAGAGAAAAUAUUCUCCACUGGAUAACAGAGGUAUGACUCAUUUAACAGAAUAUUUUGUUUCUGGUAAUGGUGUGAUGUGGUCUUGUGCCUUCUCUGAGAACUUUUGGGAUAGUCAUAUAGGAAAAGAAACUGUAAAUGGUUGUAAUUCAGCAUAAACCAACACAGUUACUUGAAUGGGUUAUUACGUAGUGACAAAGGGUUGAAUCCAACGAAGGUUUACGCAAAGUAGAUCCACUGAAAUUAAUACUCUUAAGAGAGUCAUGGUAAUUUAUUUUGAUGGAUCAUCUCUGAAUAGGACUAGCAUUGGAUGCAACGCAAAAUUUCUAUCAUCAUGGGUUUUGAGUUAAUGCUCAUUGGAACUGAAAUCCAAUUUAUUUUAUCUGUUAUGCCCUAAAAGCCUUAUUUUCUACUUGCUGGUUAAAAUUUCUUCUAGUGAACCUGCCAUGGAAACAUCUCUAGUAAAAACAAAAAAGAUAAAGGGACCCCUGACCAUUAGGUCCAGUCGCAGACGACUCUGGGGUUGCGGCGCUCAUCUUGCUUUAUUGGCCGAGGAAGCUGGCGUACAGCUUCCGGGUCAUGUGGCCAGCAUGACUAAGCCAUUUCUGGCAAACCAGAGCAGCGCACGGAAAUGCUGUUUACCUUCCUGCCGGAGUUGUACCUAUUUAUCUACUUGUACUUUGACGUGCUUUUGUUUUUGUUUUUUUUAAAAAAUAAUUUUUAUUAAAGUUUUAAACAAAGAAAAAAGAAAAAACAACACACACAGAAAAACAAUACAAAAUUUAACAAUAAAAACACAAAACAUAACAAUUAAAAACAAACUCUCUUUUCCAUUCCCAAUUUUAAAUUACUUAUUUUCUGGACUUCCUCAUACCUCCCUCUUUUGUAUUCCAAUCUACAUUAUUUGUCCAGCAGUUUCUUUUCCACUUUUUUAAACCCAAUCUUUAAUUUAAUAAAAUAUUAAAAUAUAUAGCUUCAACUUUUUUAAACAUAAUCCUUGUUCUUAAUGUCAUAUACCUUUAAAUUUUUCCCUUUUAUUAUCAAAUUUCCAUUUCUUUAAACAUCUUUAAUCUUGAUCCUUAAUCUUAAUCUAUCCUUAACUUUAACCUGUACAGCUGGAAACCACUUAUUUUCAAUCCAACAUCACUCUAACAUUCCUUAAUUUUGCAGUGUUUCUGAAGAUAGUCUUUGAAUUUCUUCCAGUCUUCCUCCAUCGACUCUUCUCCCUGGUCACGGAUUCUACCAGUCAUUUCCGCCAGUUCCAUAUAGUCCAUAAGUUUCAUCUGCCAUUCCUCCAGCGUGGGAAGUUCUUGUGUCUUCCAAUACUUUGCGAUGAGUAUUCUUGCUGCUGUUGUUGCAUACAUAAAGAAAGUUCUAUCCUUUAACACCAUUUGGCCCACUAUGCCCAGGAGAAAGGCCUCUGGUUUCUUGGGGAAGGUAUACUUAAAUACCUUUUUUAAUUCAUUAUAUAUCAUUUCCCAGAAAGCCUUAAUCUUUGGGCACGUCCACCAAAGGUGAAAAAUGUACCUUCAGUUUCUUUACAUUUCCAACAUUUGUUAUCGGGCAAGUGAUAGAUUUUCGCAAGCUUGACUGGGGUUAUGUACCACCUAUAUAUCAUUUUCAUAAUAUUCUCUCUUAAGGCAUUACAUGCCGUAAAUUUCAUACCAGUGGUCCAUAACUGUUCCCAGUCAGCAAACAUAAUGUUAUGUCCUACGUCCUGUGCCCAUUUAAUCAUAGCCGAUUUUACCGUUUCAUCUUGAGUAUUCCAUUUCAGCAGCAAGUUAUACAUUCUUGACAGAUUCUUAGUAUUGGGUUCUAACAAUUCUGUUUCUAAUUUUGAUUUUUCCACCUGGAAGCCAAUUUUCCUGUCUAAUUUAAAUGCCUCCAUUAUUUGAUAAUAAUGAAGCCAGUCUCGCACUUUGUUUUUAGUUUUUCAAAACUCUGCAAUUUCAGUCUAUCUCCGUCUUGUUCCAAAAUUUCCCAAUAUUUCGGCCAUUUGACCUCCAUAUUGACCCUUUUCAAGGCUUUCGCUUCCAUUGGUGACAGCCACCUUGGGGUUUUAUUUUCUAGCAAAUCCUUAUAUCUUAUCCAAACAUUAAAUAGCGCUUUCCUGACAAUGUGGUUUUUAAAUGCUUUGUGUGCUUUGACCUUAUCAUACCAUAAAUAUGCAUGCCAUCCAAAUACAUUAUUGAAACCUUCCAAAUCCAAAAUGUCAGUGUUUUCAAGAAGUAGCCAUUCUUUCAACCAGCAAAAAGCUGCUGAUUCAUAAUAAAGUUUAAGGUCUGGCAGGGCAAAUCCACCUCUUUCCUUUGCAUCUGUUAGUAUUUUAAAUUUUAUUCUAGGUUUCUUGCCCUGCCAGACAAAUUUAGAAAUAUCUUUCUGCCACCUCUUGAAACAAUCCAUUUUGUCCACAAUCUGCAAAGUUUGAAACAAAAACAACAUUCUAGGCAAUACAUUCAUUUUUAUCGCAGCAAUACGGCCUAGCAGUGAAAGCUUCAAGUUUGACCAAAUUUCUAAAUCUUUUUUCACUUCUGACCAACAUUUUUCAUAAUACUUUGACGUGCUUUUGAACUGCUAGGUUGGCAGGAGCUGGGACUGAGCAACGGGAGCUCACCCCAUCACGGGGAUUCGUACUGCUGACCUUCUGAUCGGCAAGUCCUAGGCUCUGUGGUUUAACCCACAGUGCCACCCGUGUCCCGUAGUAAAAACAAUACUCAGCACUUAAUGUGGUCAUCACCACCUAGGGCCACAUUCACACCAUACAUUUAAAUCUGUAUCAUAUCACUAUAUACAGCCAUGGCUUCCCCAAAGAAUUCUGGGAGCUGUAAUUUGUUAAGGGUGCAGAGAGUUUUUAGGAGACCCUUAUUCCUCUCACAAUCCACAGAGUGGUUUAACAGUCAAUCCUUCUUCACAGGAAACUUUGAUGAUUGCAGUUUGAGGCAGGGAAGGAUAUACCUCUCCUAACAACUGUCAGCACCCUUAGCAAACUACAAAUCCCAGAAUUCUUUGGGGAAAGCCGUGGCUGUUUCAAGUGAUGUCACAGUGUUUUAAAUGUAUGGUGUGAAUGUGGCUUUGUAUAUUUGCAUGAAUGGAUUUAGUAACAUAAAAAUACCAGAAGCUUGCUGCAUUCUAAUGCACUGUUGUUUAAAAAAAAAAUUAAACUAGUGGUCUUUGCAUGAAGACAUUAUAGUCUUCAGUCAGCUGAUUCAAACUAUAAGAUUUUUGGAAGAGAAAAGAAUAUGAACUAGCCAUUUGCUAUUUUUUUUGUAUCUGUCUUCCUCAAGGCAAACAUAGCAAAUAGUUGACGUGUAUUAGCUGAAAGCACCUCCUUGUGGCGUAUCUUUUAACCAUGGGAAAUUUGGCCAGUAGCAUAAAACAUUAUUACAGACAACAGUGAUCAGGUUCUGUGGCCUCUGAAUGUGACACCUUUUCAAAGGGGCACCAGUUUUUAUAUAGUGGCAUAUAGAUAAGUAUUACAUGCUUAUCUAUAACCAUAUUUUUUAAAAGGAUAAAGGGAACCAAAUCUGACCAAGGAAUUGCAGACUUUAGAAACUAGUGACAGACAAUUUUUCAACAAAGGAACUUGAAAACUGCGGAACUAGAAUUUAGCAGCAAGUUUGAUUCUGUUGGUGCAGUCCUUAUUUGAGACAGUGGUUUCUUCUACUACAUACAACAGGCAUCAAAUUAGGAUAGCAAAACUGUAAACUAUUACUGCUGUUGUGAACAGGCGCUAUAUUUAAGCUUUACAUAGAACUGUCACAGAUGGGACUUCUUGCAUUUCAUGGACAUUUGGGCCCAUUACUUUCCAUGUUUUUCACUAUACACCAGGCAUAGGCAAACUCGGCCCUCCAGAUGUUUGGGGUCUACAACUCCCAUCAUCCCUAGCUAACAGGACCAGUGGUCAGGGACGAUGGGAGUUGUAGUCCCAAAGCAUCUGGAGGAGCGAGUUUGCCUAUGUCUGCUAUACACUAAUAAAUACCCUAACAUAUGGCCUAUGCUUAUGCCACAAUAAAUCUAUCUGUUUUUAAGUUGCCACAAGACUCCCUUUGUUUUUGCUGCAACCAGUGAUGCAGUGUGGCGGGGGCCACAGGGACACUUGUCCCAGGUGCAAAAUUAUUAGGGGUGCCAAAAUGUCAACACCGGUGCUAUCUCAAUAUAGCCGUGCACUUCCAUCGCUGGGCCACAUUGAAAAUGGUUUCUCUAUGCAGAACAGGAAGUGACCUCUCCAGACAAUGGAACGACUCUUCUUUUCUUAUUUCUGUGGCUGCGAUCUUCUGGGUGAUGUGGCUCUGAUCCAGAAGGGAUGAGAGGCUUUUUAGAAAAAAAAACAUUUUCUCCAUAUGACUAUGUCUGUUGAAAAUGUCGCACACACCCUCCCCAGCUGCUAUGUUUAACAAAUAGCAGAAAACAGCAGCUUCAGUAUUUAGGGUAGGGGUUUGUGGCAAAGAUUAAGUCACCCCCCAAAAAAUCACACCCACACCAUACAUUUAAAGCAAAUUUAAAUGCACAUUAAAAGCACUUGGCUUACAGUUUCCGGUCACGCCCAUGAUCAAUGGCGGUUGUUCUGCAUAGCCCUCUGGGGGCUGCAAGGAAGUUCAGGCAGGGGGGAAAGAGGAUUUACCGGUAUGAGGCAUAAAUCCUCACAAUGCUCCACAGUGGGGUCUAGGGAGUUCACUGCAUCCCUCAGUGCCACACAAUCCCAUAUCUGUCAAAGGCAGAGUGGGAAUGACCUGGGAGUGUGUCCCUGCCAUGGACAAGCCUCCAUUACUGGCAUGAUUUGUGGAUGGUUCCUCCUUCAUCUGGACUAUUGGCUUUAAUUAAGAGGCACUCCUGGACCGACAUAUGCUAAUAGGCUGCAAUCAAUCAGCUGCCAAAAGGACUGGGCCUGGCUUUCUGAAGGCAUUUUAAUGCUUUUCUGAAGCUUGGGAAUCCCUACAACAGCUGGGAAAGGAAAGGGGAGGACAAGAUGCUUUGUGCUUUCUUAUGAUUUUCAAAUUGUAUUUUAUUUUCUUGUCCUCCCCUGCUUUGUUACUCUGUCUGAAACUUCAAAAAAGAGGGAGGAGGCUUUUGAUUUAUGCUCAAUAAAGAAUUUAAUAUGGUUUUGCUGUGCCCCCCCCCCAUCAAAGCUGAAUGGAUUUUAUCUAUGACUAUCUGGACUGGAGUGUUGUUGGAGGAAUGGAGGGGGUGGGGUGGGAGAAUGAGCUGCACCCGAACAGAUGUGGAAAAGAGGCUGAAUUUGAGAAAAGAUAGUGCUUUUAACUGUGUGCCAAGAAAGAACUCCAGAGGGGAAUUUUAAUGGCAAAAGCUGGAAGUGCACCCUGUUAGUUAUUUAUGGCAGUGGCUCCUAUGCUAGUCUGUAAACAGCGGAAGGAAUGGAAUGUGACCUUGUACCUUCCAGAUAAGCACUGCAAAGAACUGAACAAUGGAAGAUAGUAACGAACUCAGGACACCAGGUCUGGAGCAAAAAUGUAUAUGAAGGACUACACAUGUGAACUGGAUUUUUUAUUUAUAAGUUGUAACAGAGAUGCUGUUUGUAAGGAGGAAAAGGCAGUCAGCUGGAAGAAUGGUUUAACGGCAAGUGAAGGAUGAACACUGGACACUAAAUAAGAAAUGAUGCACCUAUGGGAGGAAAUGAUUGACAUAUGUUUGCAACAGGAGCGGGAAACCUGAUUUUAAGAAAUUGCAUUAAAUUAAAGUAGUUUGGUUUGAUUUGUAAUAAUUUGGAAUAUAUAUAUAUAUAUAUAUAUAUAUAUAAGCACUUGGCUUCCUUCGAAGAAUCUGGUGAAUAGCAGUUUACCCUCCAAGAACUACAAUUCCUAAGAUGCUAAAAGCAUAAAGUACGGGGAGGGGAGCCAUGUGCUUUAAAUGUAUGUUGUUCAUGUGAGCACACAAAUCACAGCCUCUUUCUUUUCGAAACUAACAGAAGCCAUGCUGGGUAUGAUUUGGAAUGGAAGAAUCCUAGUCAUGGGAUCCAAACGUGUAGCUCAUGUCUCACCUAGCCUGACUCAUUACUGUAUAAUAGAGAGAACGGAGCGAUAAGUUUAGGCAGAAAGGAAGUGGCACUAUCUUGCCAUGAGAGCACACACUUCUCACUGUUCAAUGGAGAUGGAAUAGGUGGGCUACUUCAUAACGUGACUCCUUUUGUCUUCCUUUCUAUUCAAUGUAGACACUAAAAGUCGUCUUGGCACUAGCUAGCAGCUUGGGGGACCCUUUCUACGAUGUGUCCAUUUCUCACAGCGUAGAAGACAUGAUGAGGUAAGUCUAGAUUCAUAAUGAACAAUCAUUUUUUAUGUUGACAUAUUCUGUGUCAUUUCGUUUAGAGGCAGCCGACUUCUUCUGGGUCAUUCUGUCCUCUGGGCAAUGGGGAGUAGGUUGAGACCAUCUGACCUGCUGUGGGUGGCCAGACUUUAAGAGAGCUGAUGUUGCCUGGCAACAGAGGCUUCACAGAUACAGAAAACUAGCACUCAGGUGAUAUGAUGUCAUUGACUGGGGGAUGAAGCUGAGGAAUUCUGCAUCCUGAGAGAGAAGUGGGGCUUCCCACAAGAUGUUGCCAUAUGGAGGGUCCUUGUUCCUGAUUCCAGCCAGUUGGCCAUGUCAUCUUCCAGGUUGCUUCAUCCCACCCACCCUGUUUUUCUGCCAGCCAGUAUUCUGAGCCCACUGACCAUGCUGACAUGAUUUUUUGGGGGGGAGUUUCACACCCCCUGGGUUAUAGCUCCCCCCCCAAAAAAGUUUUUUUGUACUUCUGCAAAAUUUUUGGGGUCCCUUCGACACUUCUGAUGCCUCCCUCUUCUGUAUGGGGUGGUGGUGUCAUUUUAGCUACCUACCUCCUCCACAUUUGGGAGAAUAAGGUUGUUGUUGCUAUAUGCUAACCUUUCCCAGACUGGUACUCGCCAGAUGUUUUGGACUACAGUUUCCAUUAGCUCCGGACAGCAUCACCAGUUGUGAAGGAGGCGGAUGGGACAAAACACAACAUUUAAAAUUCAAAAAGCACAACAGAAUGAAACAUACUUCUUCUGUUUCAUUGGUUUGUUGUUAAAUAAAUUUUUGGGAUAGAUUUUUUAUACCUCUUUUCCCUAGUUCUAAUCCCCUGCUCCCCCAUCACAGUAUGAUUUUAAAAUUUAUUUUUCCCUCCCCCCUUGUCAAUGCAGUAAAUCCAAGGCAAAUUUCCUGCGACAACAGAUUGACUCUCAGUCGUUCCCCUCUGAUCAUGGCAUUCCACAUUUCUCCAUGGAAAGUGGACCCUCUGCAAGUCAGGUCCUUGUCAUGGGACCUGAUGACUACAUUGUUGCAGUUGUAAGGUAAAGCAUUUGGGGCGGGCAACACAGUUUAACAUGCUUGCGUUGAGAUAUAUCUUUGUUGACAUUACAGCAUGUGACAUGCAACAAUUACAUAAAAUGAAAAAUAAAACAAACACUCAGAUAAAUGUUUCUGGACAUAUUAACAAAAUUGUGUCAAAGUGUAUAUAACAAAACUAUUAAAGUUAUUACAGAUAUGAAAUGAUGUACUGCUUAGAUUGGUGACCAUACGUAAAAGGUAUUUUGUAUCAACAACAAUUAUAAUUUACAAGAAGGGGGAGUGAGGGGAGGGGGGGAAUAAAACAAAAUAUAUACUUGCUGCACAUCAGACUGUGCUGCAAACUAUGGGUACUGUUCUACCACAUGCCUCAUUAUUUGUGUAAUCAAUAAAGUCACACUAGACUGCAUAAAAAUUAUCUUGUUUCUUUUGGCCUCCUGCUACCUUUAAUUUUUUGUGUCAGUUUUUCCAAUAAUGCUGUUUGCCAAAUUGCAUUAUACCAUUGGUCCUUAGUUAAUGAUUUUAAUGAUUUCCAUGCCCUCGCAAUAGUUGAUCUUGUAGCGGUUAAUAGAUGUGUUAUGACUAUUUCAUUUCUAGUUUGCAAUAUAUUGUGACUAUACAGGUUAAGUAGAGCCAGUCCAGGACUGUCUGCCUUGUAAUCCAAUAUAUUUUUGUAAAAACUCCCCCCCCCCAUAAUUUUUCUAUUUUUGGACACCCCCACUACAUGUCCUGAUAUGUCCCUGUAGUAGUACAUCCUUUCCAAUACAUGGGAGAAAUGUUCAGUUUAUAUACGCUAGGCAUCUAGGUGCUAAGUUCCAGCCAUGCACAUUUUAAGGGCUCUUUCCCUGGUUGUUGCCAAUAUGGAUUUGUAUGGUGCAUUUGUCCACAGUCUGUUCCAUGAUUAUUUUUCAAUAGUUUUUCAAGGGUUGGCGACCAUUUUGUCUCCUUCUCCACUUGUUUUUUUAGAUCUUGCACAUCCACAUUUAGAUCUUGCACAUUUCUCUUUUGGCACAAAUAAUUGAGCUAAGCUUCCCUGUUUGGAAUGAAAUGCUGCUGUGGACAUUCCCUUAGAAAGAGGGAGUAAGAUUUUUUUAAACAAAUGCUUUAUAAUCAGGUGGAUUUUAGCAAAAUUUGGCACCUGGGAGUGAGAGCUCUGUUCUAAAAAGCAAAUAACAUGGUGCACGAAACUAGCACUAUAUUCCACUAUAUUUCAGAAAGUGGUUUUUAUGUCAUGUGAAAUUUGGAUAUGAUGUGAAAAUUAGUGGCUAGGGAAGCGGGAAAAUUGAAUAAACUGCAGUGUGAAUGCAGCCAUAGAUGGCUUUAAAGGAGGAUAAGACAAAAUGAUGGAUGAUCAGUUUGUCAACGGCUCAUAGUCAUGAUGGAUGAAUUUCCAGUGGCAACAUGACAUCAAAUAUCAGUUACUGGGAAGCAACAGCAGGAGAGAGCUACUGCCCUCAUACCCUACUGCUGGAUUUUCCAUAGGCAUCUGGUGAAAAAAAAGGAUGUCAGACUAGUCUGAGCUCUGGUCUGAUCCAGCAGGACUCUCUUUAUUGCCUAAGGUGUUUCAGACAUGAGCAAGGGUGUAUCAGGGAACUGGGAAGAACAAGGAGCCUGAGAACCAUAAGCACUGGGGCAGCAGGUGAAUCACUUUGUGGAUUUGGAUUCUCACAAACUUUUGUGUGUGUCCGUUUCCAGUUCCUUGAACCGGCCGUUUGGAAGUGGAAUAAUGACUUCUUCUGGAAUCCUUCUAAACAGUCAGAUGCUGGAUUUUUCUUGGAUGAACGAAACAGAAGGCCAUUCAUCUUCUGGCUUGGUAAUAAAUUAUGAAUUUGUCUGACAUGAAUAGUCAAAUGAAUAGUAAGUGUAUGUGAGCAUGGCACCAAUGAUUGAUGAAGUGCAUGUAUCCAUCAGAUAAUUAAGAUCUAGGAGUCCUUUAUUUGCCACGAUAUGUGUGGUUUUACAGCUGGGCUGGCAAGUUUAGCUCUUAACCUGUUUUCAGAGCCACUUGACUUUCCAAUGUGUGUCUACGAUAAAUAUUUUUCCAUAAAGAGCCUUGGUUUUCCUGCAGUGAAUGUCGUUAGAUAAAUGUGAUGUGAUAUUAUCUGGGUGUGUGCUGUGAAAGAUACCCUGUUGCUGGAGUGGGGAAACUCUGGCCCAUGAGUCUAAUUAGGACUGCUUCGCUUCCCCAUUUGGCUCCUGAGGCCAUCUUGACCAAACCACUCCCACUUGCUGUACACCUGACAUCAUAUAUGGCUCAAAUGAAACCAUGGUGUACUGCAAGUAAAAACCUCUUAGCUGUGCAAAAUAGCUCUUUGAAAGGGGCUUCUGAAGAUCCAACAGCCAGCUGACUCAGAAGGCCUUUUCAAAGUGCUUUGCAAAAUAGCAUUUUGACAGAGGUUUCUGAAGAUGUCUUCCAAAUACCGUUUCAAAGUGCUAUCUUGCCCAGCUCUUUGAAAAAGGCUUCUGACAUUCAGCUGAUUUGAACCUGUCUGGUAAUUGGGUAAUGGUAUUUAUUACCUCAGAGAUUCAAGGAAACAGAAGCUUGAGGGGGAAAGGCUCCUAUUGAUAUAUUUAACAGUGCUUUUCAAAAUUAUUUUUCCUGCAGAGGAACUUUAUUCAGCCUGGGAAAAGGCCGCUGUCUUUCUUGCUACCCACUGUUGUCCGGCCAUCAGAAGGGAUGUGUGGGACUUACCUUUGUUUGGGAGCCAAUGGUGGUGACAAAGCUUUGAGCAGCAUAACACAGGUCAGUCUUCUGAGCACUGAUGGAUGCUUGCAAUAUAAUAUCCUUUCUUACCAAGAGAAAGAACUGGUUCUCCAGGACCAGCCCUGCCAGGGGCAGGUGGGGGGGGGGAGGGGAUAGAUGAAGGCAAGAACAAAUGUCUGAGUUGAUGCAAAAACACUUUUAAAAAACAUUGACCUGUGUGUUUGCGUGUGGUUAUAGGCGCCAUCUUGAUUCUGCUUCUGACCGUAAAAUGCCUUGGGAUGGCACUACAGUUCUUUUGGGCCCAGCUUCUACUGAAGUUGUAAAUUGGCUUUGAAGUGUGAAAAGUUGUUCGAACUGUGCUACUUAAUACUGUCACUCAGUGUCAGCAUGUGACCACCAUAUUAGUCUUAAGCAGGGCUUUUUUUUCAGCUGGAAUUUGCUGGAACUCAGUUCUGGCACCUCUCCGAUGGGUGCCAUUGCCAUUAUAAGAGAACAAGGGAGGUGUUUGUGGUGAAUUCUGGCACCUCCUUCUCUAGAAAAAUAGCACUGGUCUUAAGGGCUUUGACUGCAUAGAAGUACUUAUCUUUUUUGGGGAGAGGGAAUAAGUUCAUAAUGGAUGCAUAAGUGGAAUGUGUGAUCAUGACUAUAGUGCCAUCCCUUCAGGAUAGCUGACUCCCAGACAUUGGAGGACAGGUUUGCAGAAUGGUUGGCCCCUGUGAAAACAGGAUGCUGGACAAGAUGGAUCAUUGGUCUGAUCCAGCAGGCUCUUCUUAGGUUAUUGAAUGAUGAUUUGAUGCAGACACCAAUACUGUGAUCCAUACACCCUAUUUCUUCUAGUGUACAGAUCACAUAACUGAUGCGUACAUAGGUAGAGGUCCAGAAGCAUAAGCCACUAUGCAGACAUACCCACAAACAGGUGGAAGGCAGGUGUGUCAGCCAUGCUCCUGCAUCUUCACUUUGAGUAUCUGAACAAGACUCAAGAUUCCAUCACAAACAAUUCAUCAAAAACCUUAGCAUCUGCUUCAUCUGAUCUUUUAACAGGUUUUAGUAAACGUUUUGACCUACAACAAGAACCUGAGUGAGAGUCUUUCGCUAGGCCGGCUUCAUCCUCAACUUCAGUCUAAUAUCCUGGAAGUUGACAGUAAGUAUGGAUCACUGAUCUUUGAAGUCUGGACUUUUAUUAUUUCAAUUCUGUGAUUUCAGACACAAGUGAAACAGGGUGAGGGUUUCCCCCUGAGACAUCUAAGAUUACUCUGUAAUUUUUCCUCAUCUUGACAUGGUUUGUUGAACCUCAUCGUAUGGCUGUCGUAAGAUGGGAGAAUCUUUUUGUAUCUGACUACAUUGCAGAAGCUGAAAAGGAAACUUCACUUUGGUGAAGUGGAAGCAAUGCUUCUGCACUUUUGCUUAUGUUACCUGCAAUAUUAGCCACUUUUUCUCUUCUGCAGUGUGGGCAGAACGAACCUAGGAAUCUGCCUUAUGCAGAGUCAGGCCAUUGGUCCAUCUAACUUGGAACUGACUGAUAGCGGCUCUCCAGGAUUUCAGGCAAAAGACUCUCCCAGCCCUACUUGGAUAUUCCAGGGAUUGAGCCUCAGACCCUCUGCAAGCAAAGCAAAUGCUUUGCUGCUGAGCUAUGGCCUUUCCCCCGGAAACAGGAAAGAGCUCUUCAGUCUGCUACCAUGUUUUCUUGAGCAUUGACUCAAGAAAUUUGGGGGAGAUCCAAGCUCUCUUUCAUGUUUGUAAAGCACUUUGAUCUGCUCUCCAACAGCAGAAAGGCAGGUAAAAUCAACAGAGGAAUAAGGAAAGGUAUUUUCCUCCCCAUCAUGGCACAUGGGCGCUAAAUGGAGGUGGAAAAGAAAAUGUGUUUCAUUAGUCAGUUCUAUUGCAACUGGUAAAUAGGGCUGUGACUGCCCCCUCCCCCUGCAAAAUCUUGACAGGCCAGAUCAGAAUCAUGGGCUGGUGUUUGACCACCCCUAACUGUAUGGUCAAGGGAGUCAAAUGCAUAUUUAUUGUGCCAUUUUCCUAUUAUUUAGCUUAGGUACCUUCCCUUAUUAAUACACCAAGCCCUACAACUCUUUUAAAGCACUUGUGCCUUGAUCCUAUAGGUAGGAAAUGUGAACAUGUUGACACAGAUGUUCUACAUACACAAGACUGCACAUGAUUCCUCUGCAUAGAGGGGAAAAGGGUGGAUCCAGGGAUCUGCCUUCCUUGUGUUCCAGUUGGCACAUGGAUCAGCACCUUGAUGGGGACUGCUGCCAACCCUUUCAAUAAAACUAAUCUUUUCUAAAAUUCUCCACCAGGUGAGUUUCCAGAAGAAGAUAUCAAGUACUUUACAAGCAGGGGUCAGCCGGUGAGCAAAAUCGAGGUCCUUUCUCUCGUUCACGGAGCCAGAAGAACCAACAAUUUCAUAAUUGGUGUGAAAGACCCAAGAAGUGAGGAUGCAGCAGGAGCCACAAUAUUAUAGCAACUCCCAGAUGGGUUUCUUCAUGAAAUAAGGCUUUUUCCAAAACACAUUGUGCAUGUUCCCAAACAAUCCCUUUAUCAUUCCCCCUGAGGCGGAACAAACAGUGUUUGUUAUUGGUUUCUCCAUUGCUGAAUAGACCCCUCUGCACUUCUAUGCUAAAACCAAUGCAGCAAUGAAGGCUGACAAAGGCACAAUACAGACCUUAGUUUUUUGUUGUUUUGUUUUGUUAUUAUGAACUUGAGUUAAAAGAAUCUCAGGCAUUAUUAUAAUAUGAGCACAGGGAAUAGGUUUAAUUUCAGCAGCACCCUGUCAAUGGUUGAUUCCAGCCAUUUAAUGCACAGAGAGAUAUUUCUAAACUAAGCACUGGGAACAUUCAGGAAGCAAACCACUGGUUGUGUACAAAUGUGCUGUUCUGAGAGCAGUGGUGGCAGGUUCCUUCCUCUGUAAAUACACAUACUUCUGUUUUGAGACAAGUUCUCUAAAAAGGCAAAGAAAGAAUCACAGUUUCACAGGUUUGAGUCUGAAUGGGAUAAAUGAGAAAAAUCUUAUCUACGGCGGGUGCCUAUUGGCUAAUAUAUGUGACAUCAUUACUCCGUCUCCUCCAAUCUCUGGAACAGUUCUGCAGUUUAAAAUAAUGUUUUAUGUCCCCCUCUCCCCCUUGUAAGGCAAGGAUAAACACAGAGAGAGAUAAGUGUGUGUGUGUGUGUGUGUGUGUGUGUGUGUGUACAGGCUGCUUUUUUAAAAAAGUGGAUAGGCUGCCUGACUCAUUUAAACAGUGGCUGAUCCAGCAUUUCACCUCCCAAUAUGUAUAUUUGUCAUGGAUGUUUCAGCUUCACUGUGUGCUAGGGCCACACAUACUGGUCUGAGUGCUUUUGAAAUGGUACCUUUGUAUUCACCUGAGAAGAUGAGGCAAAGAUAUUUCUGUGUCCAGUGCAUUUAUUUCUGAUACUGUACUAGUCAACUCUGAAUGAUUCCUUCUCAAGUAGAUGAAUACAGAAUAAGAACAAUGGGUUAAGUUAGCCCCAGGCAUUCUCAGAUGUUCCCCGUGAGUCAAAUGAUUUGUACCAGCAUACAUGUUCUAAUAGGAUAUUGGCUCCUCUGCACAUAUUAAUGGAAGAUUUUAUAAUUCUGAUUUUGCCUCUCUGCCCCAAUGGUGUCCUCUUGGUGGCAUCAGUGCUAUGGUAUCUUGCCAGUUAUUUCAACAUGUUGCAGGUUCCCCCUGUUGUGUUUUGACACAAUACAUUUAUGUAGUUCAACUUUGGAUCUGGAUUAUAAUGCUAUGUACAUCUAUACUGGGGGGAAAGCUGAGCUUCAGUUUUCUCGUGCUACUGUCCAAAGUAGCCCUACCAGCGUAAUAACAUUGCAAAUUUUAAUGCAGAAAGAACUCAGGCAGAUCCAGUGUAAUCUUCUACUGAAUAAUUUAACUGAAAUCUUGGCUUUCCAUAGUGCUGCAGUUCCAUUUCAGCUUAUUGUUGCAUUUCUUGGGCAAAACCACGGCAAUCCAAUCAUAAAGCAAGGCCCAACAUAACCAAAAUAAACAAAAAGGCCAUCCUUUCUCACCUAAAUGUUAUGUUAACUGUAAUUUUCAAAUCAUUAACUUUGAAAAACAACUGGCAAAACAUGGGGGUGAGGAGAAGAAGAUUUAGGCUCAUAUGCAUUCAUAUUCACUCUCUCUUGGCCCAGUGUACUCGUUUCUUUCUUAAUCUAUGCUGAAAAUACAGAUAAUAAAACUAGAUCAAGACAUUGCAUAUUACUCUCUCUCACACACACACCAUUGUCGUUCUCAAAUGUAAACUAAGAACAAAAAUAUUAAGACAGUUUAUAUUAAUGCAUUUUGAGGCUUGGCUGUAAAUACUAAUGGGGCAGGAAAAAUAUUGUAAAUUCUAAUCUUAAUUGACUUAUAGCUGACUUCUUGCCAAGUUUAUCUCACUUCCCUUCAUAAAUUCGAAGUGGAGUUUUUUUGUAAACAGAUAUGACCCAGCUGCUCAGCUCUUGCAAAGUUUACCCUGUUCAUCUGAAUUGCCAACAACAUUGCCUACAAAGUGCUAAAGAGAUACAAAGAAAGUGUUUUACUGAAAUGCGAUAGAAUCCAGGACAAAAACAAAGUUCUAGGCAAUAAAAAGGUACACCAUCAAUAGAAAUGUAGUUUAUGCAUAACACUGAAAGUCUCCUACCCAAGUGAUUCCGUUGAUGUCAAGGAGGAUGUACCCAAAGUUACUUUUACACAUCCUCCAAAUCAGUCUGUCUUAGUCUGAUUUGUGAAGCAGAAGAACAACUGCUGCUUAUUAAAACUAGAGGCAAAUACACAAACAGACAUGGGCAAGUGUUUCAGAUUAUUUCUAGACACGGGUGCUGACACACUCAGUUUAUUAUGUCAGAAAUCAGUCAAGAGGACCUCACAUCGGGAGCACUUUGAGAUAUGUACAAAUAUUUCAGUUCUCUGUGUAGAUGAUAGUGGGUACAUCAGAACAACUCUCUUGAUGUGAAAUAGACAAUCAGUGAAAGCAUGGAGGCAGGGCGCAUGCCACAGCAGCACAUUCUGCCCUCAGCUUCCACAUGUUCAGUGGAAGGUAUGCACAGGGAGCCCUACGUGUCGGGAGCUGAAUUGGUGUGGGUUCUAUCUGCCCGAUGUGGGAACCUGGAUCCCUGAGUGUGCUGACAGAGCCAAUGUGUGUACAGCUGCAGGUACAGCUUCAACUAAAAAAUGUGCACAUUGGUGAACGGAAUAAAUGAUCCCACCCACCGCCAUGUAUUCACUGAUUGCAUGAAGGCCUCUUCUGAAUGGAAAGCAUUCAGUUCUACACCAUAUAAAUCACAGAAAAAACUCUGCUUCUGGCUCCAUUAAUAAAUAAAAAUUAUAUCAGCGUACAGAAUCCUUCCAUUAACUUUUGAACAACUUCCCUCCCUAACAAAAUGUAAUUUCACAGCACUUGACAUAUUAAAUGCACACCCACAAAAAUAUCUCCCCUAUACUGAUUUCACAUUAAAUCAGUGCAUAACUUUUAUUGCUUUCCCCCAUCAUAUUAUUGUACCUAUUGCUACUGUACAUAUUCUGUAUGUAUAUCUGCUAAUAGCUGUGCUGGUGCUCCAGAUCUUAUAUCCCAUGAACUGGAAUUGAAUGAAUACUGUCUUGUUCAUGUGCACAUUUACAUGACAGAAAGCCAACUUAAUACGAAGAAUGACCCUUCCUAAUGUUGGAGGUAUAAAUGAACAAACACACUGCAGAAGCCAUCACUGCUCAUGCUUUAUGCUUGAAUGUUAACUGUCCUUUGAUGACCUCAAUGUGGUUUACAAUCAUUCACUAGUUAAGGGCUCAUUCACUUGUUCUGUUGUAAGUUGCUAAAUGGCCUACGUGAGAUUUUUGAAUGUUUGUAUGACAGCAUCAACCAAGCUGCAAGCAGUGGUGUAGUGUGGGUUGCCAGCUUCCGGGGCAAAGCAAGUAUUGUGCCCCCUCCUCCGAAAGAGGAAAAAAACCCAGAACACAUAAACACAUACCCCAAGUGAAGUUCAGGAGUUGUGGUGCUUCUCCGGCAAAAGCGCAUGCGGCCUUUUCUAGCCAUAGUGCAGAGGGGUGACUGGAGGGUGCGGGGAGAGGAGGGGUUGGGGAGAAGCAGUGACCUGCCUCCACAAGAGGGUGCAAGAAGAGGAAAUAAUAAAAUGAGGGGAUUCCUUCUAGACCACCUUAAACACCAUGAGGGCACUGCAAUUCAGCAGUUUCAAGGCCUCAGGUGAGAGAGGAGCAGAAAUUUUGCACCCUAAGAAUUUUGUGCAUGGGGCAACAGCUCCUGUGGCACCUCCAUGCUACGCCACUGGCUGCAUGUACCAACAUAUGCUUACAGUCUGCCUUAUGUUUCAAAGUCCAGGUCCAGUCCAUGAAUAAGGCAAAGUGAGGCUGCAGGGUUCACAGAGGCAGCAGAUCCCAAUGUCAGUCUCCCCCCUCCCCUUGUUCCUGAUGUAGAUCUUUCCUCACCCCUUCUUCCCUGGUGGGGAGGGCAGGUCUGCCAUUUUGGGGUCCUCUUCAGGUGCUAGGAUAGAGUGAUUGAGAUGAAGCAGUGGGGCUGUACAGAGUGAGACUCAGUCUUGGACAUAGAUAAUGGAGUUUUCACCCGGCUACUGUCCCUGAGUGUCGUUCACUUUUCUUCAGGGAAAGGGUAGGGCUCCAUUUGGGAACAGCUGUCUGGUGAGGGCAAAACUGAGGGCCGAGCCUCCAAUAUCAGGAGAGCAAGGUUCAGUGCAUCUUAGUGCAUAGAGUACACAGAAACUGAUUUUGUACAGAUUUUUAGAGAUCCCUGAUGUAGGGAUCCUUCCUCCAUAUACACUUGCCUGUCCUAAUGACAAGACAUUUUGUUAAAUCUCUUAUUAAAAUGGAAUGAGCAACUGGCGUAUUUGUUCUUCCUCAUGGGAACAGAAGUGGAUUUUAGGGGGGCUAAGAAGAGAAAAAUUAGAAACUUGUCCAUGAAUACAAAGCCAUAGAAGAUUAUUAAUCAGACGUUUUUCAAUGGAUCCCUUAGAGCUAUUUCCACAUAUAUGUGUUAACACUUGUGUGGAUUUCUGCAGCAAGUGAAGAUAAGAUGAACUGAAGGGAUAUAUCCAUACGUUUGCUCUGAGGAGGCAACAUACUGCAUACAGAGUGCACAUGUACACACUGACAUACACACUUACACUCACACAGAGGUUUACCAUACCACUACAAAGGAGCAAUCAUAGCCUUAGAAUGCAUUUCAAUUGUUUCUUGGCAAGCACAGUUUGCAUUCAGCACUAAACUUGGUACCAAAUGCAAGCUGAGCUGCUUUCUGCUGGGCUUGGAUCUACCUGACAUCCUAUGACAUCAGGUUGGUAUCUCUGCCCACCUGUCAAAUGUGGCCCAUGGAGGUUUGGGCACAAUCUGAUCCAGCUUUCUGGCCAAACAUGGUUCCCCGUGUUAACUCUCCCCUUCCCAGCUGUGACAAUCACUUUCCUUCAUUGAAUUAGACUUGAAAGGAGCCUUCUCUUGUAGCUGUGGCACCUCCAAAUGCUGUCAUCACCCCUGCACCCAAAUUAGGUUUGAAGACAGCCUUCUUUUCCUACAAGAGAAAGGUGAUGGUGCGGGGAGGGGGAGAGAAAGCUGUGGGUGCUGAGGAAGGCCUCACUUGGUACAUGUACGCCUGUGGGUUGGUGACCCCAAGUCAAGAUGAGCUCACAGAGCUGCAACCCUAUACAAGCUAGGGGUGUGCAGAUGAUUUAGAUGAAUCCUAUAUCUUGAACUGAAGUGGAAUACUUUGACAGAUUCAGGGCUUGUCUUAAGCUGACUCUUUCCAAACUGAGAUUUGGAGCCAAACUGAAUCAGGCCACCUCCAAAGGGCUUUGGAUCUAACUGGACAGUUUUCUUAAGUAUCAGAUUGGGGUUCUUCUGAAUUUUUGGUCAAUGCUUGUUCCUUAUAUACAUUUACCUGGCAGUAAGGGGCACUGAAUUUAAUGGGGGCUUACUUCUGAGUAAGCAUGCAUAGGACUGCACUGUAAAUUGGAGUAGUUAGAACAAGGGUGCAAAACAAGUGACCCUCCAGAUGUUCUGCUCCACUUUCCAUCAGUCUCAACUAAGUUGGCCAAUGGACAGGAAUGAUGGGAGUUGUAAGUUCAGUAACAUCUAGAAGACCACAACUUUCCCAAGUGAAGAGGGAGUAUUUCAUGAUUCGCUCAGUGCCUCCUUAAGGGUGAAAGAAGGAUUCAAAACUGAAUUCAUUAUGGUGUGUAUGCUAUAGCAGUGGGAUAUGGCAGUUAUUUAAGUUAAUCAGUGCAGGGAAGGAUGUGAUAUCAUAUAUAAGAUAUAAAAUAGUGAAUGUUAUCCUUUCAGACACUGGUCUUCCGUUGUGUGCAGUCACUCUACUGUAGCUCUGUUCCAGCAAUAGGGAUCUCUUUCUAGAUCACCUACUGCAGGAGGGCACUAAAGAACUGGCCUCUCCUUUUCUAAUCUGUGACUGACUGCAUAUUGUUUUAGUAUCUUAUCUUCUAAGCAAAUUGUAGUGUGAAGUGUUAGAUUGAUCAACAUAUGGAUUGUAAAGAGCAAAAUACUCAGUGGACUCCCCCACCUAUCUUCUAGGCACUGAGCAAAAUGUCUGAAGCACCACCUAAACUUACUUUGCUGCUGGGAACCAAAAUGCGUAAAGUUUAAUUUUACCAGAAGGUAAAUUGCAAGAAGAGGGAUUUUUAAAAAAACACAAUGUAUACUUUGAAAAACAGAGUUCAUGAAUACAAAUUGUAAAGUUGACACGUUUACUGUAUAGCAUCAUUUUUAUUUUGAAACAAGUAACACAAAAUGCAUUGUUAUCACAACUGUGACUUUGGUUGUACAGACAAGAAAUAUGUUCAUGCAUUUUCCCACCAAACAAAAGGCAGAAAUAAAAACACUUUUCUUUUUGUAUUAUACGCUCAAAGGUAUUGCAUCCUCUUUAGCUUUUCUCUUACUAUAGCUAUAGUUUUGAAACCCAUUGCUCACAUGAUUAAGCUACUAGAAUUCAUUGGCGUUACGUGUGUGUGAUAAUUUUAAAGACUAAAUAUGUUCUAAGGGUUCCCUCAACCAUUUGGACUUGAUUGGGGGAGGGUGCGUGGGGCAUGUGGGGAAAGGAGAGGAAGAGUAAGAUCCAUUGCACAAGCUGGAAUCCUUGUGCUUGUGGAUCUAGGAAAUUGGUGAUCAGCCAGUGGGUCAUGGCCUGAUCCAAAGUGGGUCACAACAGGAGCACUACCACCAUGCAAAUAUACGGUAAACGAUUAAGAGAUAGGUCCCCAAAUGCAUGUUUGGGUUGAAAGCGCAUUCUGGGUCUGAAAAGAUAGAAAACAGGUCAUCUCUGUAAUGGGAUACAACAGAAUACAUUCCAAAUACAGUGGUACCUCGGGUUACAUAUGCUUCAGGUUACAUAUGCUUCAGGGUACAGACUCCGCUAACCCAUAAAUAUUACCUCGGGUUAAGAAUUUUGCUUCAGGAUGAGAACAGAAAUCGUGCAGCGGCGGCACAGCGGCAGCAGGAGGCCCCAUUAGCUAAAGUGGUGCUUCAGGUUAAGAACAGUUUCAGAUUAAGAACAGACCUCCAGAAUGAAUUAAGUACUUAACCCGAGGUACCACUGUACCUUAUUUCUAUGCUGUAGGUGCUGAACAUGAGGGCAGGUCUUGAACUGCACCAUUCAAGAUACUGUAGUUCUGAUUCUGUCAUCAAGUUUUGCAGCUUUGCCACUCUAGUCCCAGUCAUUUGGCACAUAAGAACAGGAGCAAGGCUAAUACUAGUAAAUCACUUGGGAUGCAGUCACCACUUUAGCAUGAGAGGUAAUGAGGCCUGCUUAUCACCACCAAGAGCAGAGUCAAUAUCAAGACUGAGUCCCUUUUUUAUUUCAGAGUUUUCCAAAUCACCACCCACCCAAGGAUAUUAUGUAGCAUAGAAACAAGCGGAUUGAGGCCUAUGCAUGUCAAGGUCUGAACCAUUGUAUAAAUAUUUAUUUUGUAUAUUCAUAGCCUGUUUUUUGAUCUGAAAAAUCUACUAGGUGGCUCACAGUUCAGAUGAGAUCGGGCAUGUUCAAGGUAGUAUGGCCGUAGACUAGGUGGCUCACAUUUGAUUUAAAAUCCACAACUUGGCUGGAACUGGAAAUGGCUUCAGUUCCCCUGGUAGAUUAUCUACACUGGGAACUAGAUACUGGGAGUGGGUACCUUUUGGCUCUGACCCUCUAUUACAGUAGCCCAUAUUACAUAUUAUAGUAACCCAAUAAUUAAAUUUUAUCCUCACAACAACCCUGUGAGGUAGGUUAGGCUGAAAGACUGGACUGAAGUCACCUAGUGCGUUUCAUGCCUGAGCAGAGACCAGGUCCUAGUCCAACACUUUAACCACUACACCACACUGGCUCAUGACUGGAUCAGCCAAGGUCGGUGUAGUCCAGGAUACUGGUUCCAAUAGCGGCCGCUUGGAAGGAAGCAAAUGAUGGCUUAUACAGGAAAUGUUGUAUAGAGGCUCAUGUUUCCUUAUGCUAUGAUUAUGAGAAUGGAAAAGGCUGCUGAGAUUGGGAUUUUAUGGAAGGAUAAGAAAAAAGGAGCCUGUCUCACCUUGUGCAUGUUUAUGCAUGUUUGCUGGUGUGAUUUCCGUAGAGUUCAACAGGGCUUACACCCAAGUACUGAUUGCACACAUUCUCCCCAUUUGCACCCACGUCCUCUACUUUUUCUGUUGCCUCCUCUAUUUCAAGCAACUAUAUAAACAGCAAACGCCUUAUGACAGGGCAAAAUUGUCGUUACUCUAUAAUGCUUGAUGCCCAUAAACAAUGCAUGGAGCCCAUGAUGCAGACCCUCUAAGUGUCCCUGUUUUCCAGGGACGGUCCCAGAUUUACAGAAGCCAUCCUGGUUUCUGAUCCUGGAAUGUCCUGCUUUUCCUUAGAACGUCCCUAUUUUCAUUGGAGAAAUGUUCAAAGUAUGGACUCGAGCCCCAAGCCAAGGAGAUAAGUAGGUAAUCAUACCUUUAGAAAACAUCUGAAGGCAGCCCUGUAUAGGGAAGUUUUUAAAUGUUAAAUGUUUUAUUAUGUUUUCUAUAUAUAUUGGAAGCCAACCAUAGUAAUAAUAAUAAUAAUUAAUAAUAAUAAUAAUAAUGGAAUAUUCCUAUUGUCAUGGGAGAAAUAUUGGAGGGUAUGCGUGAUGGUGCUGCAUACACAACAGCAACACAUGUUAAGUAUGUAUUGGACUACUGCCAGACAGAGAAAGCGGUUUAAUAGCCUGUGACAAAAUUUCCCUCUAGGAUUAAUUGUGGGUUAGAUUGGAUGAACCAAGGGUGGGGGAUCCUGGAAGACAACAGCUCCGAGGGGACUGAGCCAUGGAUCCCCUGAAGAGAAUCAGGACUGUAGCAUAACUGAGGCAAGCGGAGAUGGAUAAAGCUCUCCUCAGCAUCUUUCUUUUUUGAGGAACCUCGUUUUUUACACGGAGGCUUCCUAGCUCUCUGAGGCGGCAAGCAAGGAAGUUGGCUUUAAGAGCGCCCGAGAGGAGAAACAAGUCCAUUUCUGUGCUGUUUUUCCGAGCCGCUGAGAUUUGUAAAGUUAACCGAGCCGCUCGAGAGAAGAUACUAUUGCCGCGCGCGCCAACCCCCCCCCCCAUCUCCCUCCGUGAGGGAAAGGAGAAGGCGGGAGGGGAAAAAAAUAGAACAGCGCGCUCCCGCCGCCGCCGCCCAAACCGGAGGCGCGUUCCCGGUCCAAGGCGGCGCGCGCGCAGCCGGGCCGUCACGUGGCCUGCCUGAGGAGGAGAGGAGGAGGCGGAGCCGCGGCCGGGCUCGAGGGUCGGUGUCCUGGAGGUUCGGGCUCGCGCUGACCUCUCCCCACCCUCAGCCUCCGCCCCCCACCACCCCGCCCGCUUCUCCUUUCCCGCCAGGGCGACCGGCGGCGGCGGAAGGAGCGUGGCGGCGUUGUUGCCCGAAGCCGCUGCUUUCUUUUGGGGGCCGGGAGCGGGCGCGUUGAGCGGGAGCAGCAGCGCCACCAGGUGAACGCGCGCGACCGGAUUCCGUGUGGUGUGUGCGUGCGAGGCGGGGCCGAGCGGGUGGGUUCCCGGCGGGUGGGGGUGGGGGGCGGGAGGGCCGAACGGAGGAGCAGUUGCCCGGCAGGCGCGAGGGGAGCAGGGCCCGGCUGUGGGAGGGGCUCUGGUGACAGCCGUUGAGAGGGACGGGCCUGGUCAGGGUCGCCCGGGACGAAAGGGGGGGCGGGGCGGGGGCCUCCCAAGGGCCGUGCGUGGCGACCGGGGAGGCCUGGCACUACCGAGGGCGAGUGACGGACGGUGCCAGGUCUUUGGGAACAGGGGGAGGAUGUGCUUCAGGAAAAGCAGCGUAUUGGCUGAGCCCGGACUUGGGAGGAGGAAAGUGUGUGUGUUGGUGGGGGGGGGUCCUCGCACUCGGGCCUGGUCUCUCAACCCGCAACCCCCCCACCCCGGCUUACUAGAUGCCCUUUGACUACGAGAGAAUGGCCCAGGUUUAGACACAAGGUGGGGGGACCUCCAGGACAAAACACAAUGGCCGCCCCUUUGCCUCGCAGCGCCCAGUCUCAUAGGCAGUCCUGUUUUUUUGGUACAAAACUCUCGCUUCGUUUGGUUUCCCUUGGUCAUUGGUAGUGCACACGUGGAGUUGGCAGCAGGGCUUCGCCCCUGAGUCCAGAAGGACUGGGCCUCCAAACGCAUUGCCCUGCUACAUUUCCAGCAAUUGUUUUGUUUUUAAAUCGCUUGUCAAAUGUGCCAGGCUCUUUGAGGUGAGAUUCGCCUCUUUUCAAGAUGCCCAGAGUGGUAUGUGUAGUCGGGCUUUAUGCUUCUCUUAAAGUCCUGAGGAGCCCAGACUGAAUAAUUUAUCUGUAGCCUGACUUUUUCACUAAAUUAUUCACACAUGUCUAUUUCAGAAUUAUCAGAUACACAAAGAGUCAUGCUGCUGGUUUAUAACUUGGAUUGAUUGGGAUAAUGGAAAAAGUUGAUAUGGAUGGGCUUAUUGUGUGUAGGUGGGCUGCCGAUUGGGGUUAACAAAUCUCAUUAGAACCACAAUACUUUUUUGACAUGAUAUGUAGACAAAAAUGACUCAUAUUAAAUGGUCCUUCUGGUGUCACAUAAGCUUUGAUAUAUGAUAGGUUGGAUAUGAAAUAACAUGUGAUGUAUCCAUGGAAGUUUUAGUAUCUUGUUUGAUUAUGGCUCUUACCUGAUGUUCCAAGUAAGAGGUCCUUAUCCCAAGAAACCUUUUGAAAUCUUAAAAACUGGAGAGUAAUUCGUUUACUGUUAAGUAUGGGAAUUGGUAGCACUUAACGACUUGGUCUUAGAGGCUGUUCACACAGCAAAGUUAUCCUAGAAUAACCCCGGGAAAGGACAUUGUCCGAGGGUGACCCUGUGGCCUAAGUUAAGGGACCCAGAACCCUAAGAACAUCAGCACUUUUGUUUUUAAAGCUUAUUGGUUCCUUCUUUAUAGAAUAUUUUGAAUGGCACAUUUUACUCCUUUGGGUUUAUAUAUUUGUUUGAAAACAAAUGAUCAAAAACUAUCAGCGAUGCAUAGGGAAGCUUUUAAUGUUUGAUGUAUCACAGUAUUUUAAUAUUCUUUUGGAAGCCGCCCAGAGUGGCUGGGGAAACCCAGCCAGAUGGGCGGGGUAUAAAUAAUAAAUUAUUAUUAUUAUUAUUAUUAUUAUAUUGUAAGCAUUUGUUUUGGUCAUAGGGCGCUCACAUUACCAUUUAAAAUGCAAGAAAAUUCAGUCAUAUCACUACUGGCUGGAAAUGUCACUGAAAUAACAAAUGAUGUAACCUGUGAAUAGUGGUAACUUCUGCAAAUUGCUUGGGACUGUUGGGGGUUUGAGAUUCUUUGGUGGUUUAAAGUUUGGCUAAUUAUUCUGCUUGUUCAGCCCUUGUUCCUAUAGUCUAAACUCUUGAGGGUUGUUUUGCAGGUGGCAAAGUGUAACUUAAAUGGCUGCCAAAUUUAACACAGGAAAGAGAAUUCUAGCUUUGGACUUUGUUUGCAUUUAAAUUUGAUAUGCCUUCUCUUUGUCUAAAGAAAUUACCUUAUAGGGGCAAAUACAACCCCUAAUAACAACUUGAGCAUAAUACUGGUUUAAUAUGAGCAAUUGUUUUAUUGGCACUCUUUUUUUAAAGGAAAAUGAAGGGUAGAAAGGGUCCCUCAUUCUCUCUAAUUAAUGCAGAGGCUCAUUAUUAUUAUUUAUUAUAUUUAUAUACCGCCCUUAAUCUGAAGAUCUCAGGGCGGUUCACAAGAUAAAAAUACAAGAUAAAAACACAAAUAAAUAGUUACAACAAAACAAAACAAUGCCCCCACAUAAGUACUUGGAUGUAUUUUGUGGGUUAAGACGCAAAUUAUAUGGGUUUGACCAGGAACUGAAAGAACCUUUCUAAGUGGAGUUCCCAAUGAAUAUGAUGUGGAAAGUAGUAGUAUUUACAGACAAGUGAUUGACUUUGUUGGAAUAUACUUUAGUAUUACAAUGCUUCAGUAUAUAUAUAUGUGUGUGUGUGUAUGCAACUGGUCACAUAAAAUUUCAUAGCAGUGUACAAAGUUAAAAUAACAUCAACUGUAGCCAAACAAUGAAUGGGAAAUACAAAUUUCUGUUAAACAAUCUUGGAUAAAAUGUAACAGGUAUGUAAUGUAGAGCUUAAUAUUUAAUACAGUAUUUAAAUAUGCUGAAUCUAUAAUCUUCUGGAGAUUGUUGAAAAUUCACUGGUAAAUAAUUGUGAGUGGGUAGGAACUUGGAGAAAUGCAACUGUGUGGCUACAAAUGCUAAAAGAAUGUACCAACACAAUUAUCUUUCUGAGUUGUAGCCUUAGCUCUUAAACAAAAGAAUUGUAACUUAUUACACAGCAAAUUAUUUUGGAAUAACAAAUCACUGUGAAUUGCAGCCUUUGGUCUUCUACAUAAAAUAUGGUGCUUUAUCUAGCAGUUAUCUUCUUACUGGGCAAGUUUUUGUUUUUCAUAAUCUAAUUGAAAAAAGUAUUGGGCUGCAAUCUUUACACACAUGGUAAAAGACUCACUGAAUUCCAUGGGAUUUACUUCUGAGUAGUCAUGUGUGGUGUUGUACUGCUUUUUUCAUAGUACACUAAUUGACUGGGCAUCAGAGUACUUUUUGUUGGUGCUUCUCCCUCAGCCUGGCCUCUGUUUUCCAUUUAUUUGUUGUGAAAUAUUCCACCACUCAUACAUUCCCUAAUAUGUUAAGUUUUAAAUUUUUGCAACAGAGUGUUUUUUCAUUUCUAUGAAUUAAUCCAACUCCUGACUUCUUUCUGGUUCUGUUAUGAUGGGUGUAACUCUUCUAUAUUGUAAACAUUUUGUUGUAAACCAUCAUGGGAGAUGUUUGCCUAAAGGGUGGUAUACAAAUAUACCAAAUAAAUUGAUUUUAAAUGCCCUUGUUGCUAUUAUGUAUCUCUGCUACUGUAUAUGAGAGGUUUUUUAAAGUUCAGAAGGUGAGAAUCUUAUGACAUAUUAUGCAAGCAGCUGAACUGAGAAAGAGUAAAACUGCUAGGAUCCUUGUUUUGGCUUGGCAGAUGCACACAUCUUUUUGCAAAUAUUUAUUACACUGUGUAAUUUGUACAUAUAUGUUACAUAUUCUUCACAAUGUGGGGCACAAUGUUUCCCAUUGUGGGCUGGGCUACAACAAAAAAUAUAAGAUCUAAACAAAAAAGCAUACAACACCAAUUCACAGUAAAAAAAAGUAUAGCAUCAGUUACAAAAGGGAAAACAGAUUCAGCCAUCCCCAAAAGUUCAGGUAAAAAGGUGCUCCUUGGCAUGGUGCUGAAAUGUGUGCAAAAUAGGUGCCAGGACACAUUGGGAGAGGGAGUUCCAGACCUUGGAGGCCACUAGAAAGAAGUCUCUUCCAUGUGCUAAUGUGCUGCCAUGCCUUGAAUCUUCUAGGGCAACAGAAAUGCUAACAAGGCCUCCCACAGUGAAAACACCUCUUAGUUUGGUCUGUUUGGGACAAGUUGAUCUUUCAUGUAUGUUGGAUCCAUACCAUUUAGGACUUUAUAUAUCAAAGAAAAGACCUUCCUGAGGCAGUUUACAAUAUGACAAAACCGUAUACCAAAACAAGGUAAAAUUUAGUCAAGGAAUAAAGUAACAAUAAUACUAAUAGGAGAACAAAAAGCCAAUUGACGAAAAGAUGGCUUUAAAAGUGAUUGAUGCCGCUCCUUAUGUUGUCUCUGUGGUCUGCUGGAAAUUCCAAAUCAUUUUUUGCAACCAACUUUCUACCUUCUGUUCUUCCUUCUCUCUUGAGUCUGAAGGAGAACUUGCUUGUAAAAUAUGUGCCACCUGUAUAGGUCACUCACAGAUCUAGUUUGCAUUCUUUAAUACAACAUCUAAAGUGGUCCUGGUAGGGCCACUUCAGAUAUUGAAGUUUUCCUAUAGGGAAAGCAUUAAUGUUCAUACUGCUCAUUUGGGGGUGAUUCCACAUCUCCAUACAUAUAGUGUAGCUGUAAUUGGCCACACUUGCAUGUUUAGAAAAAGUUGGUGUAGCAUGUUUCAGUCUACCUGUUGAGUGCUUGGAUUUUUGUGUACAGUACUAAUUUGUGUAGAAAAAGCUGUCUGAAGCAAUUUGCAAUAAUUCCCCACUGUUAUCCUAGAACAAAGAAAUUUUAGACACAUAGUGGGAUUACUUAUAAUCUUUUUUCUUUUCUCUAACCUUUUGCAGUCUUUGCCAAAUCCUGGUUGCUGCUUUGCAUAUCUAAAGGAUCUGUCCCUUUCACUUCUUGCAUCUUCGACCAAACAUUUGUUCACCCACAUCUUAUAUUACAGCAGUUCCAUCAUGCUACUAUUGCUCCAGACUUGCUUUGUGGUCUCUAGAAACAAAUGCGACAUGCACUGACUUCUUGUCUUUUGCUACACCAGGUUCUGGUCCUUAGAGCUAAGGCUGUUCAGUUCCCAACCCCCACAUUCUCAUGUUCUGCACACUUACCUGUUAUCAGUUUUCUUUCUUUCCUUUUCUUACUUUCUAUGUGUCUGGUCAAAUUUCCCCUAUGAUGUAGGUUGUCCACCUGUGCCCUACGGGCAGAGUAGGCACCAGACUAUGGGCCUUUCCUUUUAGGGGCCCCAUGACAAUGGAUCAAAAUAAAAUUGAUUUGAUCUUGAGAGAAAAUUACAAAAACAUAUUGGAGAUAAUGUGUGAGCCCCCCACCCCCCGAUUUUGAGUGCCUAGGGGCCUCCACAGGGUUUAAUCCAGCACUGUAAAUGGUUUGUGACCUGGAUACUUUUAAAGUCUCCUCCUGAACAAAUCCUGAAUAUUUUUAUUUGUUGUAUCCUUAAAAUGAGCAUCUAGUUAAGUAAAUUAGCCUGAAGUUUAAUGUACUUGUCUGGCACUGUGACAUGUGUUACAAUGGAUGUCUAAGAUUUGGCAAGUGUCAACAAUGGUAGACCAAAUAUUGUGCAUGCCAAAACUUGAGACAAAUAUCACUGAAUAUCAACACUUAAUAUACAUUAAUGUACUCCAAAAAAUUGGGCAAAACAACUAUUUUCAGACUUAGCAGGGAUUCACAUGUUAAAGUCAACAUGCAUUAGAUUUUGGCUAUUAGUUUAAUUAAUUAAAAAUUACUUUAAACCUUUUUAAUUAUUUAAAAUGCAACCCCCAUACAUAGACACAUAGAAUCAUAGAAUUAGAGAGUUGGAUGGGACUCUGAGAGUCAUUUAGUACACGCCAUCCGACAUCCAAUUUGAAAUCAUCCUUAACCCUGCUGAGCUUUGAAAAUGUGCUAGCAGUUUUACUGUUGCACCACUGGAGAAGUGUGAUCAAGCAGUCCUGACUAACAGUGCUGGGUGCCUCAGUUAUAUUACUGGGUCAUUCCAUAUCAAGUGAUCAAAUUUUUAAUGAUUUUUUUUUUACUUCAUGUCAUCCAGUUUUCUUAAAAUUUUGUGCAUUUAUUGAACAAUCAAAACUAAGUUUAAAUCCAACAUUUUAUUUUUUUAUCUCCUCCCAUUUUUGAGUUAUGAGGGUGAUGUCAUGUGCUGUUGUUCAUUUGAGGUUGCAUUUGCCCAAUUUUAAGACCUGGUGAGGAAUAGAUUAUUAUUAUUAUUAUGUCUUGAUAUGUAAAACCACAGAAUUCAAAGAGGGUGUACUUUCUUUUCCUGUGACUGUAUAUCUGAGUUUCUAACACUGACAAGAAUAGUGUUACAGUUUCAAUGCCCAUUACUGUUUUCUCAGUCUAAUGAAACAAUGUUUCAUAUUUACAAAGCAGAAAAGUAAAAAUAAAUAAAUCAGAUGCCGUUAUAACAUUACUGUAUUGCCACUUUUUGCUGAACCUCAAGACAGUAUUCUCACCUACAUCUACCUGUUUUGGCAGGUAACACAGCUAUAUAGACAGGUUUUUAAGGAUCUGCCAGUUCUAGAUAACUAUAAGCAUGAAAGCAUUCUAUGUUGGUCCCAGCCCAUGGUGUGAAGGCACAGGUUGUAGCAGUUUUGUGGAAGCUAAGCAGAUCUAGAUCUGGUAAGCAUUUGGAAGGGAGUCUGUCUAGAAAUUCUAUGCAUGUUGCUUAGAGUUACAUCAUUUGUGUUCCUUAUGUCUUGAUAGCUACAUGCCAGGUGCAGGGAACAUUUGACUCUCCAUAUGUUGCUGAAUGAAACUCACACCACCCCUGGUAAUUGGCCAUGUUUUCUAAGGCUGAUGGGAGUUGAAGUUCAGCAAUAUCUGGAGGACCAGAUAUAUACUGUCUCUGAAUGCCCGUUAGAGUUAGGGAGUGAUAGUAGGAGAAAGCUGCUCUGUUUGUUUCCUGUUUGUAGUUUCCAACUUAACAUGUAUGGGACAUAUUGGAUUGUUUUACUAUCAUGGAAGAAAGAGUCUUAGGGCAUAGUUGGGAAUUCAUAAAGAGACAGAAUGGUUAGAGGUCAUUCUCUGUCACAGAGGUCCAAAGUACCCUAAUAGGUUUUGUGUGUGUGUGUGUGUGUGUGUGUGUGUGAGAUAGAGAGAGACUGUUUAUGUUAGCCUGGAGUUUUUUUGAAAUGAAAUCAUAUUGGACCCCCUUAGCAGAUUGACACUGUCAAAAUAAAUGGUGGAGGUUGCCUGAACCUAUGAGGUGCUAUGUUUCUCAGCUUAGGAUCUCAUAGGACCAGACACAAUGGUUCUGACAGUGGCCCAAGUCCAUCUGUAGUGGCUUUGAGCUGGGCACAAUGCCACUCUGACCACACCACCACUUUAAUACAAAGGCACGGAAUGCAAGAAGUUCUAUAUGUUUGUCAGGCCUUUCUAAUAAAGGAAAGUUGGUAAGCUGAACUGAGCUUUCCUGAUAAUAAAUAUAAGAGGAGGAGAAUAAUGUUUCUUGGAGAAGGGGUAGAGUUAGACAUCUGUUGUGGACCAUUUGUAUUGAACUGUACACCUAUGAGAAAACUUGGGCACCCCUUUUAUUUUAUUUUUGUAGUUGGCAGAAGUAUUAUUGUCUGAUAUGCUUAUGGCACUAAUGACCUUAUAUAAAGUUAUGUCAAGCUGCUUGUUUGUUUGUCUGGCCUUAUAUGGAUCCAAAAAAGGGCAACCAUAUUAGAUACCUUAUUUUACACUUCACGUGUAAUUUGGACAUUUUAUUCAGUUCCUGGACAAAUAGCUUGUAAAGGGUGGGUGCCAUAGCUCAGCAAUACAUAGGAUUCAUUGCAUGCGUAAUAUUCCAGAUUCGGCCCCUUGCAUCUCAGAUAGCCGGACUUGGAGAGCUGCUGCCUGUCAAAGGGUUAGACUGAUCAAGUAGUCUGACUGUGCAAGUUACUUUCAUAAGCAACAUUAUACAUGUGUGUGUUUUUCUUCUUAGGGUUAAACUCAAAGUGUGCUGAGACACAAUCAUCUAAAAUGCUUGUUAGGUUGAGAUUAAUGAAUGCCGUUUUAAACAACAUAUAAUGAAGAGCCUCUGAAAGUUCAUCUUGGUAAGUAAAAAGGGAAUAGAGAUAUUUUGGUUUCAUGUAUUGCUAAUCAUAUGUACUUUUCUUUAUGCCUUACUUUAUGUUCCAUAGUUUUGGUGACCCUGUUGGUCUAGCUGUUGGAGUUGGAAAUUUUAUUAUAAGAGGGGUUGAAGUAUCCCAUCACAAAUUCAGUGACAUUCUCUUUAGUAUGGAGAAAGUCUAGAGUCUGCUGGUUGGUAUGGCCAGUGAGCAUAUUAGUUGUGGUAAAGCUUACAGUCAUGCCCUUGUUACUUCUUGAACAUGUGAGAGGGUUUGUUUGAAAAUUCCUAUAGCUAUAUGCCAAACUGACAGGUGUAUUUUAGGCAAGUACUUUUUAGAAACUUUAUAGGGAAAGCCACUAGAAGAGAAUUUGGAGUGUGGAAAUUAUGGGUAGGGAAAUCUUGCUCCUCUACUGCUUCUCCACUCUAAAACUAAAAUGGUUUUACUUUGUUUAAACAAAUUAUAUAUAUUGGAGUUUAAUGAGCAGAUAGCACAUGAACAUAGGGUGGGAUACAAAAAAGUUGUUGAGCUUUUUUGGGAGGGCAAGGUUGUUGAGCUAUUUCUGAAGAAAAUCAGGAAAAAAAACUCUGCCAAUUUCUGCCCGGACACUGCAAUAUUCCAGAAAUGUCAACCCUAGGUUUUGCAGACAUCUUGUCUGUGCAAGCAUUGCCAGAUGGAACAAUCCCCCCUCUUCUCCCCUGUGCAUUGUUCUGGGGGCUCACCCGCUCUAGCCAAGCUUGGGGGCAUGUGACAGAGAGGAGAGGGGGAAAGCCCCAUUGUGCAAGCAGGCGUGAUGGAUUCAAAUCAAAGUUUCACAGGUCUAAAUUCAAUGUUUUCCACAAUUCUCUUGUUUGUUCACCAGUAGCUAGAGUGUGAUAGCAUACAACAAACAGCUGAAAGAAGAUGUGGUUUGCUAAUGUAUUUUAUUUUUUAAGAAACAGAGGCUUGUGGAGAGUUAAUUAUUUUUCCCUUCUUCUUGAAAAAAAUCUUUUAGGUUUAUUGUUAUCUAG